AUGUUUACGGGGAAAGCUGGGUUUGGUCGGGUGUGUCUUAAGGUGCUAUCUUUUCUUGUUUUACGCCUCUGCACUAAUAUGCGGGGGUAUCGCUGCUAACAGUAACUAGCUAGCUAGCCUACCGUUUACCCUCAAUGUAUCUGUUCCUUCUCUGCAGUGCCCAGCCGGCUUGGUGAAGAUGCCAAAAUGGCUACCGGCAACUACUUUGGAUUUACCCACGGUGCUGCUGCGCAGUACAGGUAAGAAACGACUCGUUUGGGAGAUAUGCGAUCCAUCACCGCUCGAGGCCAAUUUACGGUUGUGUAGCCGCUGUGAUGGCCCCGUAGCUAGGUUGCUAUUGUUUCAAGUUGGGGGAGGGGGGGGGGGGGGCGGAAUAGUAAGGAUUGUGCAGAGCAGACAUCUGCCAGUGGCUGGCCAGCUAAGAAUAAGGGUCUGUUCUCAACGAUGAGAAUUUCGAGAGGUAUCGAUUCUCGAAAAACGUGCAAGUUUCUCACGUCUCCUACGCUUCCGACGGAGGUCACGAAUGACACUCUCCCAACAGUAGCUACAGAUUGUAGUACUGUUACGGUAUACCGAAAUUCGGUACAAGAACACUUCGGUAAUAUAAUUUAUUACUUUUGUUGCUUCUGUCAGAUGUCGUAUACUGAUUGCGCGAAUCAAGUGUGUCUAGUAAUUUGUCUGAAUUUUCUCAAGGGGGUAGUAAGCAAUGUGUAUCUAAAUCCUGGAUUGCUGAUGCUAUGAAUUGGUCAUGAGAGGUUUUGAAGCCACCUGUCGGCCAUAUUGUCACUCCCCAGUAGGAGCAGUCCUCCAUAGGAAUUAAUGGAAUUCUACAGUAUUUCAAUUCAAUGUUUCAAGGACAAAAUUACAUGUAUUUUUUGUUGUUGUAGUGGGGACAGUAACAUUGGCCAGAUGCAGCGCUCCUAGUAGCAGGGGACUUUAAUGCAGGGAAACUUAAAUCCGUUCUACCUCAUUUCUACCAGCAUGUUAAAUGUGCAACCAGAGGGGAAAAAACUCUAGACCACCUUUACUCCACACACAGAGACGCAUACAAAGCUCUCCCUCGCCCUCCAUUUGGCAAAUCUGACCAUAACUCUAUCCUCCUGAUUCCUGCUUAUAAGCAAAAACUGAAGCAGGAAGCACCAGUGACUCGGCUAAUAAAAAAGUGGUCAGAUGACGCAGAUGCUAAGCUACAGGACUGUUUUGCUAGCACAGACUGGAACAUGUUCAGGGAUUCUUCAGACAGCAUUGAGGAGUACACCACAUCAGUCACUGGCUUCAUCAAUAAGUGCAUCGAUGAUGUCGUCCCCACAGUGACCGUACGUACAUACCCCAACCAGAAGCCAUGGAUUACAGGAAACAUCCGCACUGAGCUAAAGGGUAGAGCUGCCGCUUUCAAGGAACGGGACUCUAACCCGGACGCUUAUAAGAAAUCCCGCUAUGACCUCCGACGAACCAUCAAACAGGCAAAGAGUCAAUACAGGUCUAAGAUUGAAUCAUACUACACUGGCUCUGACGCUCGUCGGAUGUGGCAGGGCUUGAAAACUAUUACAGACUACAAAGGGAAGCACAGCCGCGAGCUGCCCAGUGACACAAGCCUACCAGACGAGCUAAACCACUUCUAUGCUCGCUUCGAGGCAAGCAACACUGAAGCAUGCAUGAGAGCACCAGCUGUUCCGGACGACUAUGUGAUCACGCUCUCCGUAGCCGAUGUGAGUAAGACUUUUAAGCAGGUCAACAUUCACAAGGCCGCAGGGCCAGACGGAUUACCAGGACGUGUACUCCGAGCAUGUGCUGACCAACUGGCAAGUGUCUUCACUGACAUUUUCAACAUGUCCCUGACUGAGUCUGUAAUACCAACAUGUUUCAAGCAGACCACCAUAGUCCCCGUGCCCAAGAACUCUAAGAUAACCUGCCUAAAUGACUACCGACCCGUGGCACUGACGUCUGUAGCCAUGAAGUGCUUUGAAAGACUGGUCAUGGCUCACAUCAACAGCAUAAUCCCAGAAACCCUAGACCCACUCCAAUUUGCAUACCGCCCCAACAGAUCCACAGAUGAUGCAAUCUCUAUCGCACUCCACACUGCCCUUUCCCACCUGGACAAGAGGAACACCUACGUGAGAAUGCUAUUCAUUGACUACAGCUCAGCAUUCAACACCAUAGUGCCCUCAAAGCUCAUCACUAAGCUAAGGAUCCUGGGACUAAACACCUCCCUCUGCAACUGGAUCCUGGACUUCCUGACGGGCCGCCCCCAGGUGGUAAGGGUAGGUAACAACACAUCUGCCACACUGAUCCUCAACACGGGGGCCCCUCAGGGGUGCGUGCUCAGUCCCCUCCUGUACUCUCUGUUCACCCAUGACUGCAUGGCCAGGCACGACUCCAACACCAUCAUUAAGUUUGCCGACGACACAACAGUGGUAGGCCUGAUCACCGACAACGAUGAGACAGCCUAUAGGGAGGAGGUCAGAGAUCUGGCCGUGUGGUGCCAGGACAACAACCUCUCCCUCAACGUGACCAAGACAAAGGAGAUGAUUGUGGACUACAGGAAAAAAAAGAGGACUGAGCACGCCCCCAUUCUCAUCGACGGGGCUGUAGUGGAACAGGUUGAGAGCUUCAAGUUCCUUGGUGUCCACAUCACCAACGAACUAUCAUGGUCCAAACACACCAAGACAGUCGUGAAGAGGGCACGACAAAGCCUAUUCCCCCUCAGGAGACUAAAAAGAUUUGGCAUGGGUCCUCAGAUCCUCAAAAAAUUCUACAGCUGCACCAUCGAGAGCAUCCUGACUGGUUGCAUCACCGCCUGGUAUGGCAACUGCUUGGCCUCUGACCGCAAGGCACUACAGAGGGUAGUGCGUACGGCCCAGUACAUCACUGGGGCAAAGCUCCCUGCCAUCCAGGACCUCUAUACCAGGCGGUGUCAGAGGAAGGCCCUCAAAAUUGUCAAAGACUCCAGUCACCCUAGUCAUAGACUGUUCUCUCUGCUACCGCACGGCAAGCGGUACCGGAGUGCCAAGUCUAGGUCCAAAAGACUUCUCAACAGCUUCUACCCCCCAAGCCAUAAGACUCCUGAACAGCUAAUCAUGGCUACCCGGACUAUUUGCACUGCCCCCCCACCCCAUCCCUUUUACGCUGCUGCUACUCUGUUAAGUAUUUAUGCAUAGUCACUUUAACUCUACCCACAUGCACAUAUUACCUCAACUAGCCGGUGCCCCCGCACAUUGACUCUGCACCGGUACCCCCCUGUAUAUAUAUAGCCUCCCUACUGUCACUUUAUUUUUUACUUCUGCUCUUUUUUUCUCAACACUUUUUUGUUGUUGUUUUAUUCUUACUUUUUUGUUUAAAAUAAAUGCACUGUUGGUUAAGGGCUGUAAGUAAGCAUUUCACUGUAAUGUCUGCACCUGUUGUAUUCGGCGCAUGUGACCAAUAAAAUUUGAUUUGAUUUGAUUGGUCAUCUUAAAAAAAUGAUACUUUAAGGACAAUGUUCUUAUAUAUCUUAUGUUUAGCUCACAUAUUUAAAAAUAAUUCAAUAAGGUGUCUGUAAUAGAAUAAAUGUGGCAAAAAAAACGAAUAUAGACCUUUAAUAAAUGCAUUUCUACAGCUUCCGAAAUAUUUUUUACAAUUGUGAGGGAGUGCCAAGAUGGGGAGACAGCCUGGUCUCAUAGACUAAAUCUAAAUCCGGGACACUCGUAUUAGUAUGACUUCAAAUGUAUUGGUCACAAACACAUGGUUAGCAGAUGUUAUUGCAAGUGUAGCGAAAUGCUUGUGCUUCUAGUUCCGACAGUGCAGCAAUAUCUAGCAAGUAAUAUCUAACAGUUCUACAACGAAAACCCAAUACACACAAAUCUAAGUAAAGGAAUGGAAUAAGAAUAUAUAAAUAUAUGGAUGAGCAAUGUCAUUAUCAAAGUCUAAGAUGCAAUAGAUACUAUAGAAUACAGUAUAUACAUAUGAGAUGGGUAAUGCAAUAUAUGUAAACAUUAUUAAAGUGACUAGUGUUCCCUUUAUUAAAGUGGCCAGUGAUUUUUCAAGUGUAUGUAGGCAGCAGGCUCUCGGUGCUAGUGAUGGCUGUUUUUAACAGUCUGAUGGCCUUGAGAUAGAAGCUGUUUUUCAGUCUCUCGUCCCCAGCUUUGAUGCACCUGUACUGUCCUCGACUUCUGGAUGAUAGUGGGGUGAACAGGCAGUGGCUCGGGUGGUAGUUGUCCUUGAUGAUCUUUUUGGCCUUCCUGUGACAUCGGGUGCUGUAGGUGUCCUGGAGGGCGGGUAUUUUGCCCCUGGUGAUGCGUUGUGCAGACCGCACCACCCUCUGGAGAGCCCUGCGGUUGCGUGCGGUGCAGUUGCCGUACCAGGCGGUGAGCCAGCCCAACAGAUGCUCUCAAUUGUGCAUCUGUAAAAGUGUUAGGUGACAGGCCACCUCCUGAGGUUGCGCCGCCUUCACCACACUCUGUGUGGGUGGACCAUUUCAGUUUGUCAGUGAUAUGUACGCAGAGGAACUAAAAGCCACGGUUUCUGGUUAGGCUAGGUUUAAAUAGUCACAGUGGGUACGACCUCUCCUAUACACUUCCUUUUAUAAACCCACUCAGCGUAUAUGUCUACAUUAUUCUUAGAGGCUACCCAGAACAUAUCCCAGUCCGCGUGAUCAAAGUAAUCUUGAAGCGUGGAUUCCGAUUGGUCAGACCAGCUUUGAAUAGUCCUAAGCACGGGUGCUUCCUGUUUUGAGUGUCUGCGUAUAGGAAGGGAGGAGCAAAAUGGAGUCGUGGUCAGAUAGUGGAAAUUACUGUAACAAUGGUCCAGCUUUUUUCCAGCGCGAGUGCUACAGUCAAUAUGCUGAUAGAAUAGAGCAUAUCGGAUGACCGUCAUCCAUAUUCCAUUCACCCAGUUCAAUGUAACAUCCAUAGGUUUAGGCUACUACAUGAUACUCACAUUUUCCCUAUACCCAUCAUGAGGUGGCUACAACCUAGCCUACAAAUGAAAGUUUACAACGAAGGUGCUCAGGUAACAUUUUUAAUGACAACAUACUUUAGUUGUGCUGUUAUUUACUUAAACUUUCAAUACAUUUAGACCAAGGCUGUUCUUCAUGGCAUUAACAGGCAGAGCAUGGUUUCCCUUUCUUCCCUGUCGGCUGGCUGGCCGCUAGACAAAACGCCAUCGCCAUGCCAACCCUCUGAACCAGUGGAGGCUGCUGAGGGCAGGACGGCUCAUAAUAAUGGCUGGAACGGAGCGAAUUGAAUGGCAUCAAACACAUGGAAACCAUGUGGCGAUACCUAUUCCACUCCAGCCAUUACCACGUGCCCGUCCUCCCCAAUUAAGCUGACACCAGCCUCCUGUGCUCUGAACUGACUGAUCAAAACUAGUUUUCUCACGGCUGUCUUGUCCCUCUGCAGCAGACUUAUGGUGUUUGGAACAUCGAAUCGCAAAUAAAAAUCAGUAUCGAAUUGUGAGAAUCGCAAUACGUGUCUUAUCGGCACCUAGGUAUGGUGAUAAUAUCGUAUCGUGGUGUCACUGGCAAUUCCCAUCCCUAGUGGUCAUGGAGACCAACUGUGUGACAGAAAGCAUCCAUAAUGAAAGAAAUGGGCAGCAGCAUCUUCAGUGAUUCAUUUCUUGUGUGCAAAAACUUCAUUUUAAUAACGUUGGAAGUGACACAAAGCCAAAUAAAGCUUUAAUUGAGAUGUAGCCUAUUAAACCAGAAAUUAAAUGUUAUUUUAUUUAAGACUUACUGAGUCUGGCUAACUAUGAGGAAUUGGCACCCAAUUAAUUUUGACAAAUCUAAAUGAACAUAUUUGUAGACCAGAAUUUGUCUGACCGAAUUGAGGAAUGAUGUUGGUGUUAUGAUGAUUCAGUUCUUUGGGGGAGAGCCAGCGCGUGAGCGAAUGACAUUUUGCAGCUGUGAUACGACAUUGUUUUGGGUUGGGCUUCAAAGACUAUCCUACAAGGUUGAUGGAUUUCAUAUGGACCUAGUUGGGAGUUCAUGACCCAAACGGUUGUCUAGGUUACGCCGAGGCUUCUUUCCUGUUUGGAAUCAGGGAUGAUGGACACUAGGAUUUCUUGGCUAAAUCCACAUGGGUGAUUUUAGAUUUUUAGGCCUAUCUCGAUUUAUUAUUUUCAAACUUAGGGGAAAUUCACGAUCUCAAUUUUGUUUUCUCUAAAUAAGCUUUGUUGCACAAUUUAAAGGUCAAUACACUGCUCUUCAAACACCCAGGAAUAAUCUAAUUAAUUCAGGACUUGCUAAAUAUAAGCCUUCCACAACUAUAAGAUCCAGUAAUAAUGUAAUUAUUUAUAUAAAAAUAGGUUAACCAGCUUUUAUUCCAGUAAUUGAUCUGGCUUUCAAGUCUAUGAAAAAGCCCUUUUUUUUUUUUUGUAAUAACAGAACCAUGCACAAUUCAUUAAUAAUUACCAACUUCUGGUAACAGGCAUUAUAGAAAAUUGACACGUUUUCUAAAUAAUCUCAAGCACAAGCCCACAUGCUAGUGAGUAGCAAGCUAAUCUUUUAUAAAGUCUGCCAGCAAGGUUGAACUGUUAUCAAUACACCCUCCUGUCCGUCUCCAACUGUUGGAACAACAGCCUGUUCACUUUGUUUAGAUGCUGCAUGUAACAACAAACUGAGCAAUCAUGUUCAUUGAUACUCUCGGUUUUAGUAGGGUCUCCUCUGUUCUGAAUUUUGGGAGUUGAGACCCAAGGGUAUCAUUUAGAAAGGUUAAGUUAUCCUCUAUUACAGUAAAUCAGUAUUUUGGUGUCCAGGUUAUAAUCGUUUGGGUUUUUAUUUUAGUUAAACUGAAUUUCAAAUAAAAAUCAUAAGUUAGAUUUCAGGUCUGAGGUAACUAUUUUUAAUUUAGUUUUAUAAAAACAUUUCUAUUUUGUUUUUAGAUUUAUUGUUCGGGACAGAAAGUAGCCUAUGCGUGGGAGGCUAGGAGCAGAGGCUAUUUGGACACAGCUGAGAGUGGAGACUAAAGGAUUCAGUUCAGUCAGUUGUCCUGAUGAGACCUUCCCAGCUAGCUUAGUCUAUGGUUGUGGCUAGAUAUUUCUGCAAGAAUUUGAAACACUUGAGGGUUCAGAAUCAUUCCGUUUUGAUCAGAGUAAUUGUUCGUUUUUUUUUUUUUUUAAAACACUAAUGUAGAUAUGAAUGCUGUAGUUGUACACUUUCUGUGAAUAUCGGUACAAUAAAUGUGCUUUAGCUGUCGCCCUGUCCUGAUAUUGGCUACUUCCCUCUCCUUACUGGCCUGAUAUAAGCUAAACUAUUUAGCUACUUCCCUCUCCUUCCUGGCCUGAUAUUAGCUAAACUAUUUAGCUACUUCCCUCUCCUUUACGUAACAGCUUGACAAGCGAAGGACACUGCACCAUGGUGCUCAAACUCAGCAGUAGACUGAAUCACGGCGACAUCCAUAUGGUUACUACCAAUUAUUACAAGUGAUUGCUCAUGUAGGCUGCCUUUCUACUCCAAAUAAAAUAAAAUGGGCUACCGACGAUGUGAUGCAGCUGCCCGGUGGGAAGCACCUCCGAUACAACAACGUUGCACUGGCCAUUCGCACUGGAUUGUCUUUAAAGUUAGCGAAUUGGCAUGUCACGGUGACGUCCAGAUGGGGAUCAAUACUAAAAGUUAUUAGUUGGUCGCCCAUCAAAGUAAAAUAACUAUUAGGUUUAACUAGCGCCAUAAACUAGCUAGCUGGGAAACACACUGGCUUGGAAGGGAUCAUCAGGACGAGUGACCAAACUAAUUGAACCUAAUUCACUCGACUUUCAACUGCGCAACAUCAAUUUGAGAACCAGGCGUGUCCGUAUAGCCUCCCAUCUGUUAUAGUUGUGUUUUUGGACGUCAGUUCUUAGCACCUUAUACUGCCCCACAGUGGUGUGUCAGGUCAUAGGUUAGGUUUAAAGGUAGACUCAGCGAGAUGACAAAGAUCCAACAAGUAAACAGUCGUAGUGGGUACAUUUCCUCAACAACCAGGAGUGCGAGGCUAAACUUCUCUGCUGUUUUGGGACAGUAGCUACCACGUUGUGGCAGUGUGAAGUGCUCCUGAUCAUACAGUGAAGGAAAAAAAGUAUUUGAUCCCCUGCUGAUUUUGUACGUUUGCCCACUGACAAAGACAUGAUCAGUCUAUAAUUUUAAUGGUAGGUUUAUUUGAACAGUGAGAGACAGAAUAACAACAAAAAUCCAGCAAAACGCAUGUAAAAAAUGUUAGAAAUUGAUUUGCAUUUUAAUGAGGGAAAUAAGUAUUUGACCCCUCUGCAAAACAUGACUUAGUACUUGGUGGCAAAACCCUUGUUGGCAAUCACAGAGGUCAGACGUUUCUUGUAGUUGGCCACCAGGUUUGCACACAUCUCAGGAGGGAUUUUGUCCCACACCUCUUUGCAGAUCUUCUCCAAGUCAUUAAGGUUUCGAGCCUGACGUUUGGCAACUCAAACCUUCAGCUCCCUCUACAGAUUUUCUAUGGGAUUAAGAUCUGGAGACUGGCUAGGCCACUCCAGGACCUUAAUGUGCUUCUUCUUGAGCCACUCCUUUGUUGCCUUGGCUGUGUGUUUUGGGUCAUUGUCAUGCUGGAAUACCCAUCCACAACCCAUUUUCAAUGCCCUGGCUGAGGGUAGGAGGUUCUCACCCAAGAUUUGACGGUACAUGGCCCCAUCCAUCGUCCCUUUGAUGCAGUGAAGUUGUCCUGCCCCUUAGCAGAAAAACACCCCCAAAGCAUAAUGUUUCCACCUCCAUGUUUGACGGUGGGGAUGGUAUUCUUGGGGUCAUAGGCAGCAUUCCUCCUCCUCCAAACACGGCGAGUUGAGUUGAUGCCAAAGAGCUCGAUUUUGGUCUCAUCUGACCACAACACUUUCACCCAGUUCUCCUCUGAAUCAUUCAGAUGUUCAUUGGCAAACUUCAGACGGGCCUGUAUAUGUGCUUUCUUGAGCAGGGGGACCUUGCGGGUGCUGCAGGAUUUCAGUCCUUCACGGCGUAGUGGGUUACAAUUGUUUUCUUGGUGACUAUGGUCCCAGCUGCCUUGAGAUCAUUGACAAGAUCCUCCAGUGUAGUUCUGGGCUGAUUCCUCACCGUUCUCAUGAUCAUUGCAACUCCACAAGGUGAGAUCUUGCAUGGAGCCCCAGGCCGAGGGAGAUUGACAGUUCUUUUGUGUUUCUUCCAUUUGCGAAUAAUCGCACCAACUGUUGUCUCCUUCUCACCAAGCUGCUUGGCGAUGGUCUUGUAGCCCAUUCCAGCCUUGUGUAGGUCUACAAUCUUGUCCCUGACAUCCUUGGAGAGCUCUUUGGUCUUGGCCAUGGUGGAGAGUUUGGAAUCUGAUUGAUUGAUUGCUUCUGUGGACAGGUGUCUUUUAUACAGGUAACAAGCUUAGAUUAGGAGCACUCCCUUUAAGAGUGUGCUGCUAAUCUCAGCUCGUUACCUGUAUAAAAGACACCUGGGAGCCAGAAAUCUUUCUGAUUGAGAGGGGGUCAAAUACUUAUUUCCCUCAUUUAAAAUGCAAAUCAAUUUAUAACAUUUUUGACAUGCGUUUCUCUGGAUUUUGUUGUUGUUAUUCUGUCUCUCACUGUUCAAAUAAACCUACUAUUAAAAUUAUAGACUGAUCAUGUCUUUGUCAGUGGGCAAACGUACAAAAUCAGCAGGGGAUCAAAUACUUUUUUCCCUCACUGUAGGUUGCGUGCCACGUCAACGACUGUACAGUCGAGCACCAGACUUCUAUACCAUAUGUAGUUAGCUGAUGCGUAUAAUAGCUAUUUAGGCGUUGUAAGGUCAGCAACGUCUGAGCAGAGGAACACGACCGACACGUUAUCGCAAUCUGGUGGCCGACUGCACAGUCGACGACGUGAUGCGCAACCCCUUGGUUGAUGCAUGCAACGUCUGAGCAGGGGAACUCGACUUGCUGCUCGUGGCAACGUCAUGUCGCUGAGUCUAUGUUCUUUUAAAUUCAAGUCAAUCUCAACGUGACCCGCCAGAUUCAGAAGCUUAAACUCCAUUCGGGGGGGGGGAAGCUUAAACUCCAUUCAAAUCUUUGCCCAAAAUUGAAGGAAGGAAACUAAAGCUGAACAUAAUUCAUGGUUUUCAUUUUAUUUCGGUUUGGAGUCGACGAUAGUCUUAGUUUUUCAACUAUUUGUUAAUUUUAUUUCUGUUUACUAAAUUGGUUUUUAUGAUUUAGUUUUAGUUUACUAUAAUAACCUUGGUUGGACCAAACCUUAGAUGCAAAUAAUGAGUUGAAACUGCUUGUCAGAGGAAGAAGUGAUCUUUCAUCUGUGAAAAGUAAAAUGCUAAUUAAAAACCACUUGAUUCUUGCGAUACAGGCAUUUUGAACAUUAUGUCCCCUGUAGCUCAGUUGGUAGAGCGUGGAGCUUGCAACGCCAGUGUUGUGGGUUCGUUUCCCACGGGGGGGGGGGGGGGGCAGUAUGAAAAUGUAUGCACUCACUUAACUGUAAGUCGCUCUGGAUAAGAGCGUCUGCUAAAUGACUAAAACGUAAAUGUAAUGUAGUAAUUCAAUAUAUUGCCCAGCCAUAAAUCCACCUCUUAUGUGGUGGUAGUAUGGGAUCAUCACCACGCCAGUGGAAAUUAAAUGUGUUUUUAUUUUUGUAAACGUUUUAUGAAAGGGCCUCUUCCCCAUGAUUGUUUGUUUUUUGCAUCCCACCAAAUGUCACCAACGUGGUUUGUGCACAAAACCAGGCACAGGAGGUAGAUGACAUGCCUUGUUACUGCAGGGUUGCUGACACAAGCCUCAGUCAUGUAAUGUGUUGACGUUUACGUUUUGGAACCUCUUUGUAGGUUAUGGCGCUGAGCUCAUUGGAGUGAGCCUCUCCAUGUGUUAGUGGGAGAGAGGAGUAGCUCAAGGCCUGUGUUGGAGGUGGCACUUGUUCUGUGGCUGAUACCACCGUUUUGCCUCCUUGGGUGCGUCAGGUAAUUUUUAUAAUGGGUGACGCUUAUCCACUUCACCCCACACACACACACACACACCGACUCCACACAUUGUUUAACUGUGACUUACAGAUCGGUCGGUUGGAGCUCGGCGGGAUGUUGGGAACCAUGGCGACCAGGCAGCUUGAGGAUGUAGUCUUAUUGAAUUCUCACCAGCCGCUUUGAAUUAUUAACCGACUCAUUAGAAAUAGAUCAUAUUCUCAGACUACAGCCAGCCGCACCAGCUGGAGUUUAGAAUAGAGGAGUAGGCUUUGAAUGAAGUGAAGCGCAGGACUAUUCAAAUAGACUUUAUUAGCCUAAUACAUGAGGGUGAAUUAUAAAGGCAUUGUUUGUCGGUGCGUUGCGAUAACAAUUAUCCUACACGGUUGAGUAGAGCCUGUUCUCGACGGUUGAGUAGAGCCCGUUCUCGGCGGUUGAGUAGAGCCCGUUCUCGGCGGUUGAGUAGAGCCCGUUCUCGGCGGUUGAGUAGAGCCCGUUCUCGACGGUUGAGUAGAGCCCGUUCUCGACGGUUGAGUAGAGCCCGUUCUCGACGGUUGAGUAGAGCCCGUUCUCGACGGUUGAGUAGAGCCCGUUCUCGACGGUUGAGUAGAGCCCGUUCUCGACGGUUGAGAAGAAUAAGGGGUUUCAGCACCGUGAAAAGUGGUCGAGCUACGUUAAACUUCCCCCUUGCACCCAUUUCAGCGAAUGGGUAGUACCCACUCCUAUAUAAGCAAGCUAAAGCCGACGUUGUCGUUGCCAAUGAAUUGGGUAACGCACACUGUGUUGAGCUUACCACAGCUGGAUGGACCUGCAGGGCUACAGAGAGCUACUUAACAGUGAAAGUCCGUCACGUGACCCCAGGAGGGGAUGUCAACGUGACCCCAGGAGGGGAUGUCAACGUGACCCCAGGAGGGGAUGUCACGUGACCCCAGGAGUGGAUGUCACGUGACCCCAGGAGUGGAUGUCACGUGACCCCGGGAGGGGAUGUCAACGUGACCCCGGGAGGGGAUGUCAACGUGUCCCCGGGAGGGGAUGUCGACGUGACCCCGGGAGUGGAUGUCGACGUGACCCCGGGAGUGGAUGUCGACGUGACCCCGGGAGUGGAUGUCGACGUGACCCCGGGAGUGGAUGUCGACGUGACCCCGGGAGUGGAUGUCGACGUGACCCCGGGAGUGGAUGUCGACGUGACCCCGGGAGUGGAUGUCGACGUGACCCCAGGAGGGGAUGUCGACGUGACCCCAGGAGUGGGAAAUGAGAAGUACCAUGCUACAGACAUGCCUCCUUUGUGAGAGUCGCACAAGUGCGCAUAUUUUUAUAUAUCUAUAGGCGUAGGCCUAUAAAAUGUUUUACAUAUUGAUUUCACAUCCAUGUUGCACUUCAUAAUCAUGUUUUCAUUUUAAGAAAAGUGUUAAUUCCUGAUGGUGCGCUCAUCAUGACUCAUGAUCAUAUAUGGAAUCAGGAAAACCAACACUUUUUUAAAAAUAUUUUCUUAAAUAAACAAAUUCACUACAGCAACAGUUGGCUUUUCAUUUUCCUGCUGUACCAAACCGUGUCCCCCCCCCAAAACUGCAAUAAGUCCCGAACUGUGGUUCACAGCUGUUACACCCCUAGUAGAAAAGGAGAGUAGCUAAUGUUAUUGUUUACGUCACCAACGGGCGGCUCUUUGUAAUAUGCUCCGGCAUUCAACAUACUUUUGUGCUACCUGGAAUCUGAGACGCGCCAUACUAUUCCUUGGGGAGCGGUUGGGGGCAGUGUUGUCGCCAUAGAAUUAGAAUACUAGAAUGGUCAUAAACCUUAUGAUGUGAUAAGUCAGCCAUUUUUGUCAGGUAGAUGGUCAACCAUGGUUUGCCAGUGCUGUGAUUAGAUAUUGUGUAAAACAAUCAAUGUGAAGAAUUUGCCUGCACUGUGUUAACUAGCUAGACAGUUUUGGAUGAAUGAUUCCAUUAAUUGUUCAAAUUAACUGCCAAUAUGCCAACAUAUUUCAUUCAAACAAUGCAGUCAAUCCACAGCCACACACUGGCUGAAAUCAGUUGAUGAUAGGAUUUAGACGACUUGUAAAUGCAGCAAGUACUGAUAUUGUAUCAUAUAUAUAUAUAUAUAUAUAUAUAUAUAUAUCACUCACAGCUUUCCAAGAAAACAAAAUCUGAGACAUGGUCUGUUUUACAUUUAGAUCCUAUUUAUACAGAAUCUGUAUAAAAGUCAUUGACAGUAUUUAUAACUAUGACACAUUUCUAACAGAGCACAUGCCAUAUUGUCCUGCAUCAGUAAAAGCAGGAAAUGCAUUACCUCUACUGCCAUUCAUUCUUUUGGAUUUCUCCCUGAAGAAGAUGGCUGCCGUUUUCGACCCAUUAUGGAACGUUGCGGGUUUAUGACAUGGCCCCUCUAGUAAUAAAUAGGAUCUGUAUGGUUGUUGCUUGGUUCCUUGAUCUAUAGGCUAUGCAUAAAAGUAGCUCCCUCUGUCUCUGUCUCUGGCUGGCUGGCUGCCUCCCUCUCUCGCUGUCUGUCUGGCUGGCUGCCUCCCUCUCUCGCUGUCUGUCUGGCUGGCUGCCUCCCUCUCUCGCUGGCUGUCUGUCUGGCUGCCUCUCUCUCUCGCUGCCUCUCUCGCUGUCUCUCUCUGUCUGUAUAGAGUUCAUCAUUUCAUUUGAGUUCAAUUAAUUUCUUUGCACUGUUUGGAGCCCAUCUGUACGAUUGGUUCAUGUUAAAGAGUCCCUUCUGAUUCUACCAUUAAGCAUGUACAGGCCUAAGGCUCGACAGAGAUGCACUAACUCCUUCCCGUUUUGGUUCAGUAUUUGGUCAGGACUGUUUCUAUAAUUUAUAAUAGGGCUACUGUACAAGGAGGGGUGUCCAAAUAUGUGGUGGUUACCUCCCGCAUCAGUGUCGUCAGACUCAGAACCUGUUCUCGCAUUGAAAUAUACAUACUUUUGUGUGUAUAGUGGAUGAAGAGAGGCAGCCACAGUGAUGUCCUUCAAAUGAAUGAUUUGCUGCUCUGAUAUUUAGUGUAAGGAAACCAAACUAUCCCUUUUACAUUUGCCCUGUCAAUCACUGUGAGUGGAUUGUCAGGGGGAGGGGGCAGGAUGUUUGCGUCACGGAGUUGGUAGGGUUUUACACCUGUCAAUCAAUCACUGUGGGACUUUGAGGGAAGUUUGUAGAUUAGUUUACUCUUUCAAUUUACUUUGAGGCUAAAACCUUAGAGAAAAUGUUGUUCUGUGAAGUCAACAUGGAUUUCCUGUUGAGAAACAAAAUAGAAUUGCAGGAAAAUGUUAUAUUUUUUAAAAAUGCAUACAUUUUCAGGGGGAGGAUCCCCCGCCAGAUUAUGCACCCCGGCUUUUAUACAAGGUCAGGCGUCCAUCAAUAGACCAACGUGUUCAAGAUUGAAGCAGGUGUUAAACAUGCCUUUGCUACACAGAAAGCAGCAGUUGAUUACUCCAUUGUUGACACUAAUCAAAUCAGUAGACCUAUAUCAAUAUCUUUAACAAUACCAUAUAAGUAUCAUUACAUUAGAUUUUAUAUUUUGCACCAGAAUGAGGCUCUCUCUCUCACUAUGUAUUGUUCCUGCAGUGAUGCUUCAACGUCUUCAUCGAAUGUUUUCAGAAUUUAUCUGCAGAUAAUCGCCAAAAAGCAGCAGUAGUAGUAAUAAUAAUAAUAUGCCAUUUAGCAGACACUUUUAUCCAAAGCGACUUAGUCAAGCGUGCAUAAAUCUUUUGUGUAUGGGGGGUGGUCCCAGGGAUCGAACCCACUACCUUGGCGUUACAAGCGCCAUGCUCUACCAGCUGAGCUACGGAGGACCACCACAGUAGCCUGCAAAUUAGGGAGCCAAAUGAACAGAUCCGUUCAAAAAGAGCCGUUCGUUCGCGAACAACCCAUCACCGUUGAGUCACUUCAGCGGUCACUGGCAAGUCUGGACAUGGGCUUCGAAUCCUAGGAAAAUACAAACAAGAUCUUUUUGGUUUACUGUCCCGACGUGAUACCAUGGGCAUAACUACGCUCUAUGAUUUAUGAAUAGCAAAGGGAUAUAGGAAAGUGUCUUUAUUCAGUCAGUUCGACACCUUUUUACAUAAACAAGUCCACACUUGCUGUUCGGUCAUCAAUCAAAGCACAGUAAAUAGCCUUUGCGCCCGACUCAGUGGCUGUAUAGGCCUGUGAAACAACAAUGAAGUGGAUUUCAACUCAUCGUUACCACUUCCAUUACACGAGCCAUGUAAUUUCACUCACAGUAGACAAUGAAGAAGCAUAAUGCUCUCCCUCUUCCGUGAAAAUACAUGUUGACUGCAGCCAACCACAGCGUACAAAAAAUAACACUGGUACUGAGAGGUGGGACAAACGGUGGAUUGUCAAACCGGCAGUGUGUCCCUGUCAUCGCUGGCUUCGUGACUGACAGACCCCUGUCCUAUCAAUAGAUCACUAGAAGAUGCAUAUCGUUCAUUCUAGCGGGAGAAGGUCAUAGACUUUUUUUUACGACCCAGCGAAUUUAAAACUUUAAAAUUGAAAAGAAGCCUAGUUCAUUUAUGAAGUGGAAAAAGAAGCCGUCUUACAAUGAGUCUGAUCGCCUAUUUAGCAGACGGCCGCGCUUAUGGAAAAUCCUGCAGACAUGACCUGCUAUCAGAACUCUGCCUCACCCUUAAUAUUCCCCUACCUCUCCAGUCAGCAGUCACACCACAUCUGAUCUCUCUCUCUCCCUCUCUCUCUAUCUCUCUGUCUCUGUGUCUCUCUGUGUCUCUCUGUCUCUCUCUGUGUCUCUCUCUCUCUCUCCUCCCUCCUUCUCCAGUCAGCAGGCGGGCCCGGUGGCCUACUCCCACCCUACCACUGUGGCCAGCUACACGGUACACCAGGCGCCGGUGGCGGCCCACACUGUGGCAGCAGCCUACGCUCCCACCGGCGCCACAGUUGCCGUAGCCAGGCCCGCCCCCGUCGCCGUGGCAGCAGCAGCCACCGCCGCGGCCUACGGAGGGUACCAGCCGGCGCACGCCACCGCCGACUACGGCUACGCCCAACGCCAGCCGGACGUCCCCCCGCCUCCUCCCCCGGUCACCUCCCAGAACUACCAGGUGGGUUACCAGGUAACUCAUUGUUUUAAUUCAACACAUUGUUUGAGUGUUUAUUCAUUUUUUUUCAUGCUGAAAUGUACCCUGGGUAAUAACGAACCAGGAAAUGGUUGGUGUAGAAAUGGCUAAUAGACUUCUUUUCCCUCUAAGCUUCUUUAACUUAUUUUACAGAAGCGUUGAUAAGGGUCCCCAUUUCAUUCGUUAUUUUGGAGCGUCACCUCAGGUUUUAGGCUUUAACAUUUAUUUAUUUUUCUUAAGACAGAUUGAAUCAAAAUCCUUUUUUUUUUUUUUAAAGUCUCAUUAUUUUUAAGCCCAGAUUCUGUUUUGUUUUUUUAUCACAGAACAGCUGAAUGAUUGGGGGGAGAGACUUUAAACUGCAGCUUGGGAUCAUCUUUACCCCCUGCACUCCUGUCAGCUGUGAUCAAAACUCCUGCCAAUGUUUUCAAUUAGGCCUACUGUGCAGGCGCUGCUGUGAUGUUAGCUCAGGGCUAAAUAGGUUUGAAAAACUUUGUAAAUUACGUCAAAAUACGUUUCUUAUUGCACUCCUGCACCUGCAGAUUCCCCGUCAUGCAUUUAAAUUUUUAGUCAUUUAGCAGAGCGACUUACAGGAGCAAUUAGGGUUAAGUGCCUUGCUCAAGGGCACAUCGACAGAUUUUUCACCUAGUCGGCUCGGGGAUUAGAACCAGCGACCUUUUGGUUACUGGCACAACGCUCUUAACCUCCCUCCUACCAUGUGUGAACACCAAUCCAAUGUUUUUAAACCAUGAAUGUAGUUUUAGCUACAUACCUCCAUAAUUUACUACAUUUGAACACACUCUAUAUAUAUUUUCUGUUGUGUUAUUGACUUUAUGUUUUGUUUUACCCCAUAUGUAACUCUGUGUUGUUGUUUUUAUCGCACUGCUUUGCUUUAUCUUGGCCAGGUCGCAGUUGUAAAUGAGAACUUGUUCUCAACUGGCUUACCUGGUUAAAUAAAGGUGAAUAAACCUCCCGUAUUUGAUGUUUUUCCUGACAGACUCCCCUGUGCUCUCCCCGCCCCAUUCAGGACUCCUACUCCUACGUGCGGUCCACGGCGCCGGCGGUAACCUACGACCCUAAGCAGUACUACCAGCAACCCGUAGCUAGCGCUGCGGUAGCCGUACAGCCCCAACCCACGGCCGAGGCUUACUACCAGACCGCUUCCCUUAACACAUCCUGGGACACCACGUGGAAGAAAACCCUACCAGGUGAUGGCGGCCUUACAAUUACUAGAUAUAGUCCUUCCUUUGAUUUGGACGUUCAAUUAAUACGUGUUCAUCGUACUAUCCACCUCCAUUUUUGAACGUUGCGAUGGGGCACAGCCAAACAACGGAAGUGACGGAUUAGACUUCCGCUUCACUUGCCAGAGUCAAUUAUUUGAAAGAGUCAAUUUUAUAAAGUAUAAAAUUCAAGUGAACAAGUCUACGUGUAAUUUCAUAUUUAUUUAAUUCAAGUUCGGUAACGUUAGCUAGACCUACUUAGUAGGCUAGUUCUGUUGUGAUAAUUAACUACCACAACUAACGUUAUUAAAGCCAUCCACCAAGCCGAUAACUAUAAUGAGAAACUAUAGGCUGCAUUACUAUAAAGCGUUGGUGAGCAUCCACACUAGAGGAAAGAUUAUAGUUUACUGUUCUGCACCUGUCAAUCAAUUGAUCAACACAUCCGACUGCAUGCUGCCUAAUAACGUGGUAAGACAAGACCGUUCAUGAGGUCUCUAACCCACAGAUACUGGUUCAGACCAUUCAUGAGGUCUCUAACCCACAGAUACUGGUUCAGACCAUGAGGUCUCUAACCCACAGAUACUGGUUCAGACCAUUCAUGAGGUCUCUAACCCACAGAUACUGGUUCAGACCAUUCAUGAGGUCUCUAAAACACAGAUACUGGUUCAGACCAUUCAUGAGGUCUCUAACCCACAGAUACUGGUUCAGACCAUUCAUGAGGUCUCUAACCCACAGAUACUGGUUCAGACCAUUCAUGAAGUCUCUAACCCACAGAUACUGGUUCAGACCAUUCAUGAGGUCUCUAAAACACAGAUACUGGUUCAGACCAUUCAUGAGGUCUCUAACCCACAGAUACUGGUUCAGACCAUGAGGUCUCUAACCCACAGAUACUGGUUCAGACCAUUCAUAAGGUCUCUAACCCACAGAUACUGGUUCAGACCAUUCAUGAGGUCUCUAACCCACAGAUACUGGUUCAGACCAUGAGGUCUCUAACCCACAGAUACUGGUUCAGACCAUUCAUGAGGUCUCUAACCCACAGAUACUGGUUCAGACCAUUCAUGAGGUCUCUAAAACACAGAUACUGGUUCAGACCAUUCAUGAGGUCUCUAACCCACAGAUACUGGUUCAGACCAUUCAUGAGGUCUCUAACCCACAGAUACUGGUUCAGACCAUGAGGUCUCUAACCCACAGAUACUGGUUCAGACCAUUCAUAAGGUCUCUAACCCACAGAUACUGGUUCAGACCAUUCAUGAGGUCUCUAAAACACAGAUACUGGUUCAGACCAUUCAUGAGGUCUCUAACCCACAGAUACUGGUUCAGACCAUUCAUGAGGUCUCUAACCCACAGAUACUGGUUCAGACCAUUCAUGAAGUCUCUAACCCACAGAUACUGGUUCAGACCAUUCAUGAGGUCUCUAAAACACAGAUACUGGUUCAGACCAUUCAUGAGGUCUCUAACCCACAGAUACUGGUUCAGACCAUGAGGUCUCUAACCCACAGAUACUGGUUCAGACCAUUCAUGAGGUCUCUAACCCACAGAUACUGGUUCAGACCAUUCAUGAGGUCUCUAAAACACAGAUACUGGUUCAGACCAUUCAUGAGGUCUCUAACCCACAGAUACUGGUUCAGACCAUGAGGUCUCUAACCCACAGAUACUGGUUCAGACCAUUCAUGAGGUCCCUAACCCACAGAUACUGGUUCAGACCAUGAGGUCUCUAACCCACAGAUACUGGUUCAGACCAUUCAGUGCUUUCAGGGGGUGUUCAUUGUCAUAGUGACAACUGCUAAUAAUACUUCAAUGUACAUGUAGGCCUAAUGAAAACAACUAAUAUAACAACUUGUAUUUAAAUUUAAACAACAAACGCCGUUUAGCCUGUGCAUCUUUUACCGCAUGUCAUUGCCUCAUUGCUCAAGAGUAAUUGCGCAACAGAACAAUGAAGACAGGCUCCAGAUAUAUCCUAAGUCAGAAGCGUUUGCAUAUUAGCCCAUAAUUCAUUAGCUCAAUGUUAGGCUUAAUACUGCAGUGAAAUAUAUCCAGUCAAUUUACACAGUGAAAGGAGAGGGGGGGAAAAAAAGUUGAUCGGAAAUAAAUCCUAGGGAGCUACUCUCUCCCCAGUCCACUGGUACCAGCUCCAAAAGAUAUUUUUAGGUUUAAAAAAAACAUUUAUCCUACGUAGUCUACAACAACACAAUGUAAUGAAUAAUGUUGUUUCCAAUUCAGUACAAAACUCCAGUAUAGGCUGGAUUGCCAGUGGCGUGCAUGUGAAUUAUGAUAAUGCGGGAGCGUGGAAGAAGUUGUAUCCAUAGUUUUCAGCGUUUUGGCUUCCGUGUUUUUAAGUGUUCAAAUAUGAGGUGGAUAAUCACUCCUUUUUUUUUUUUUGCAUGUCUGUGCCAUUUUAGUAAAUUCUUCAAGAAAACAAUGAUAUUGUUUCGUUUACUGUAAAGGAUAUUAUCACGAAGUCUCUUCAAUAGAAUAUGAAUAUAGCCGUGCAGAACGGCUUACAGUUCACUGAAUUUACUUUGACUUUGGCGAUGUCUUUAUUGAAUCUGUUAGGAUAUUAUUUUGUGUAUCAUAAACCAGGUUUCCAGCAACCUUUUUUUGCGAGUAAAAUUACGUCUUGGAUAAAGUUCUCACUACAGGCCUGAUGGAAACGGCUAAUUUAUCAGUGAACUGUUGGCUAGAGCGCACUUCCCAAUUCCAGAGUGGGCACAUUCGCUAUAUAACACUUUAUUUUUUAUUUUUUAGUAUCAGUAAAGUUGAACAUCACUCACAGGCUUUUUACCUGCAGCAUGUCAAUUUGAUGUAAACAUCUGUAGUGGGAAAAUGUGCAUAUUGGUUUAUUUUUAUGCAGAUUUUAUUUUGAAAAUUUGCAUGGAAAUGUCGGCAAUUGGAUGGAAACCUAGCAAUGCAGCAUGUCGGCGUGCAAAUAUUCACGUCUCUGCUUCUGCAGCUCCUAAAACAGGCUACAGCCAGGCCAGUCUGACACCCUACACGCAGACCAGGCAGGUGACGGCCGUCAAGCCUGCCGCGCCCUCCCCCGCCACCUCCACCUUCUCCAUCUACCCCGUCUCCUCCACCGUUCAGCCUGUGGCCGCCGCCUCUGUCGUCCCCUCGUACUCCCAGAGCCCCACCACGUACUCUGGUAAGCACGACAUGCAAGCUGUGACCAGUAUGCAUUACCUGCCGACCACCUACUCCACCAACGCAGUCACGUACUCCCAGAGCCCCACGUACAGCACCAACCCAGUCGCCUACUCUGGUAAGCAUUCAAAUACCCCUAGGGGGUUGCAAAAUUUGGCAACUUUUUUCCCCCCAAAAUUCCCACCCAGGUUUCCAGAAAUCCCAGUUGGAGUAUUCCUGGAAUCUGGAGGGAAUAAGCGAGGAUUUGGGAUUUCUGGAAAACCUCUAUGAAUUUUGGGAUUGUUACCGUAAUUUUGUAACCAACUUCACCACUGCCUACCCGACUGUCUGGCUCAUGGCCUGUAUCCUCUUCUACUCCUCCCCUCCUCUUAUCCCUGUGUCCCUGUCUAAAACCUCCUCUCCUCUUCUCCCUGUGUCCCCGUCUAAAACCUCCUCUCCUCUUCUCCCUGUGUCCCCGUCUAAAACCUCCCCUCCUCUUCUCCCUGUGUCCCCGUCUAAAACCUCCCCUCCUCUUCUCCCUGUGUCCCCGUCUAAAACCUCCUCUCCUCUUCUCCCUGUGUCCCCGUCUAAAACCUCCCCUCCUCUUCUCCCUGUGUCCCCGUCUAAAACCUCCCCUCCUCUUAUCCCUGUGUCCCCGUCUAAAACCUCCUCUCCUCUUCUCCCUGUGUCCCCGUCUAAAACCUCCCCUCCUCUUCUCCCUGUGUCCCCGUCUAAAUCCUCCUCUCCUCUUCUCCCUGUGUCCCCGUCUAAAACCUCCCCUCCUCUAAUCCCUGUGUCCCCGUCUAAAACCUCCUCUCCUCUUCUCCCUGUGUCCCCGUCUAAAACCUCCUCUCCUCUUCUCCCUGUGUCCCCGUCUAAAACCUCCCCUCUUCUCCCUGUGUCCCCGUCUAAAUCCUCCUCUCCUCUUAUCCCUGUGUCCCCGUCUAAAACCUCCCCUCUUCUCCCUGUGUCCCCGUCUAAAUCCUCCUCUCCUCUUCUCCCUGUGUCCCCGUCUAAAACCUCCCCUCCUCUUCUCCCUGUGUCCCCGUCUAAAACCUCCUCUCCUCUUCUCCCUGUGUCCCCGUCUAAAACCUCCCCUCCUCUUAUCCCUGUGUCCCCGUCUAAAACCUCCUCUCCUCUUCUCCCUGUGUCCCCGUCUAAAACCUCCCCUCUUCUCCCUGUGUCCCCGUCUAAAACCUCCCCUCCUCUUAUCCCUGUGUCCCCGUCUAAAACCUCCCCUCCUCUUAUCCCUGUGUCCCCGUCUAAAACCUCCCCUCCUCUUAUCCCUGUGUCCCCGUCUAAAACCUCCCCUCCUCUUCUCCCUGUGUCCCCGUCUAAAACCUCCCCUCCUCUUCUCCCUGUGUCCCCGUCUAAAACCUCCCCUCCUCUUAUCCCUGUGUCCCCGUCUAAAACCUCCUCUCCUCUUCUCCCUGUGUCCCCGUCUAAAACCUCCCCUCCUCUUCUCCCUGUGUCCCCGUCUAAAUCCUCCUCUCCUCUUCUCCCUGUGUCCCCGUCUAAAACCUCCCCUCCUCUAAUCCCUGUGUCCCCGUCUAAAACCUCCUCUCCUCUUCUCCCUGUGUCCCCGUCUAAAACCUCCUCUCCUCUUCUCCCUGUGUCCCCGUCUAAAACCUCCCCUCUUCUCCCUGUGUCCCCGUCUAAAUCCUCCUCUCCUCUUAUCCCUGUGUCCCCGUCUAAAACCUCCCCUCUUCUCCCUGUGUCCCCGUCUAAAUCCUCCUCUCCUCUUCUCCCUGUGUCCCCGUCUAAAACCUCCCCUCCUCUUCUCCCUGUGUCCCCGUCUAAAACCUCCUCUCCUCUUCUCCCUGUGUCCCCGUCUAAAACCUCCCCUCCUCUUAUCCCUGUGUCCCCGUCUAAAACCUCCUCUCCUCUUCUCCCUGUGUCCCCGUCUAAAACCUCCCCUCUUCUCCCUGUGUCCCCGUCUAAAACCUCCCCUCCUCUUAUCCCUGUGUCCCCGUCUAAAACCUCCCCUCCUCUUAUCCCUGUGUCCCCGUCUAAAACCUCCCCUCCUCUUAUCCCUGUGUCCCCGUCUAAAACCUCCCCUCCUCUUAUCCCUGUGUCCCCGUCUAAAACCUCCUCUCCUCUUCUCCCUGUGUCCCCGUCUAAAACCUCCUCUCCUCUUCUCCCUGUGUCCCCGUCUAAAACCUCCCCUCCUCCCCAAGGCACGUCGUAUUCUGGCUAUGAAGCGGCGGUGUACUCGGCUGCCUCAAACUACUACCACCAGCAGCAGCAGCAGCAGCAGAAACAGGCCGUGGCGGCCGUGGCAGCUUCAGCCUGGACAGGCAGCUCCUUCACCAAGAAACCUCCCUUCCAGGUCAUAUUUCUAUUAGUGUUUUCUGUGUGUGUGUGUGUAUGUAUAUGUGUGUAUAUAUAUAUAUAUAUAUAUAUACAUACAUACAUACAUACAUACAUACAUACAUACAUACAUACAUACAUACAUAUCUUUUAUUCUUAAGAUUAAAAUACAUUUGACCUCCCACAGAGCAAGCAGCUGAAGCCCAAGCUGCCGGCCAAACCACCACAGAUCCACUACUGUGACGUCUGUAAGAUCAGCUGUGCCGGACCACAGGUCAGAACACCUCUCUGGGUCUGUCCCCCUUCUCUGGGUCUGUCCCCCUUCUCUGGGUCUGUCCCCCUUCUCUGGGUCUGUCCCCCUUCUCUGGGUCUGUCCCCCUCUCUGGCCAUCCUUUCAGCCCUCUCUGGGUCUGUCCCCCUCUCUGGGUCUGUCCCCCUCUCUGGCCAUCCUUUCAGCCCUCUCUGGGUCUGUCCCCCUCUCUGGGUCUGUCCCCCUCUCUGGGUCUGCCCCCCUCUCUGGGUCUGUCCCCCUUCUCUGGGUCUGUCCCCCUCUCUGGCCAUCCUUUCAGCCCUCUCUGGGUCUGUCCCCCUCUCUGGGUCUGUCCCCCUCUCUGGCCAUCCUUUCAGCCCUCUCUGGGUCUGUCCCCCUCUCUGGGUCUGCCCCCCUCUCUGGGUCUGUCCCCCUCUCUGGCCAUCCUUUCAGCCCUCUCUGGCCAUCCUUUCAGCCCUCUCUGGGUCUGUCCCCCUCUCUGGCCAUCCUUUCAGCCCUCUCUGGGUCUGUCCCCCUCUCUGGGUCUGUCCCCCUCUCUGGGUCUGCCCCCCUCUCUGGGUCUGUCCCCCUCUCUGGCCAUCCUUUCAGCCCUCUCUGGGUCUGUCCCCCUCUCUGGGUCUGUCCCCCUCUCUGGCCAUCCUUUCAGCCCUCUCUGGGUCUGUCCCCCUUCUCUGGGUCUGUCCCCCUCUCUGGGUCUGUCCCCCUCUCUGGGUCUGUCCCCCUCUCUGGGUCUGUCCCCCUCUCUGGGUCUGUCCCCCUCUCUGGCCAUCCUUUCAGCCCUCUCUGGCCAUCCUUUCAGCCCUCUCUGGCCAUCCUUUCAGCCCUCUCUCCUUACCUGUCCGUAGGUUAGCACAGAGACUGAUACUACUGUGUGCUACUUGAUGAGAAAGUAAAUUUAAAGGUUCACCAUGAUAAUGAUUUAUAAUGACUGGCAGGUCAGGAUCUAGCCUCCGCUCCCCUCUGCUAAACCUAAAACCUAACUCUAGUGCAGACAUGGAGUUGGAGCACAAAGCUAAUGAUAUGCACACCAGGUUCCUGCAACUCGGUAUGGUAAGUGUCAUUGAACAGGCCUAUACCUGUGUUUUAGAGAAACAGCAAUUCAAAUCCUACUCACUGGCACUAAUAGAAACUGUUUUUCCACGGAGUACAGCCCAUGUGCCGGUCACGAACAUCCUCAAAUCUACCGGAGUUCACAACAUUGCCCCCUCGCAUUUGUUUUCGCAGUGCGUGCAAUCUAGCCAAUUCCACACGACAUACAGCUGCCCCCAGGCCCUAAUGGCAGUUUCGUCCGUCGGACUGCCAGAUGGUGAAGCGUGAUUCAUCGCUCCAGAGAACGCGUUUCCACUGCUCCAGAGUCCAAUGGCGGCGAGCUUUACACCACUCCAGUCGACGCUUGGCAUUGCGCGUGGUGAUCUCAGGCUUGUGUGCGGCUGCUCGGCCAUGGAAGCCCAUUUCAUGAAGCUCCCGACGAUCAGUUAUUGUGCUGAUGUUGCUUCCAGAGGCAGUUUGGGUCUCGGUAGUGAGUGUUGCAACCGAGGACAGAUUUUUACGCUCUAUGUACUUCCGCACUCGGCGGUCCCGUUCCCUGAGCUUGUGUGGCCUACCACUUCGCGGCUGAGCCGUUGUUGCUCCUAGACGUUUCCACUUCACAAUAACAGCACUUACAGUUGACCAGAAAUUUGACGUACUGACCUGUUGGAAAGGUGGCAUCCUAUGACGGUGCCACGUUGAAAGUCACUGAGCUCUUCAGUACAGGCCGUUCUACUGCCAAUGUUUGUUUAUCUAUGGAGAUUGCAUGUCUGUGUGCUCGAUGUAUAUACACCUGUCAGCAACGGGUGUGGCUGAAAUAGCCGAAUCCACUAAUUUUGAAGGGAUGUCUACAUAUUUUGUGUGUACAUGGUCAAAUGCAUCUGAGGGUCUGCUUCUAUUGGUCAAACUAAACGUGCGUUGAAUCUCCCCAUCUCAGAACAUAAGGCUGCCGUUUAGUAAUAAAAACAGACUAUUGUAGAAGCCAACCCCCUUCCUCCGGCACGUUGUAGCCGUUGAACACGUCCAAAUUUCACCAAGAGGAGGUGGCAUCUAAAGUAGAGGCAUUCAUGGGGUCUCUGCUUCUCUGGAUUCAAAUAAUCACCUGUGUAUAUUUUGUCAUGGCCUAUUGAUUAACCGGACACACUUUCUCUUUGUUAUUAGCGUUAUUUUGUGCUAUAUAUAUUUACCUUGAAACCUAUCAUUUAUUUUGUUACCUUGUCUCAAUGGGCCACUGGGCUAGAAAUAGGAGCUAAGCGCAAUGGUCAGGUCACUCUGAGGGAUGUCCUAAUGUCGGUCACCUGUUCACAUCCUGUGCAAUGGAUUAAAGUGAGCUAAAAUACAGCAAUCUCUGCUUUUUUUUUGUGGAGUGCGCCUACUCCUUUCUACCGCAAAUUAGUCCUUUUGGAUGUUUUUCUUAGUAAGCCCUUCCCAUGAUUUUUGUCGUUGUUGAGCAACCCUCUGUUCCUUUUUGUUUGUUGAAGCGCGAAGUCCCACCUGAACUCAGUCUGCAGUGUAUUGAUGUGAAGGCCCACCUGAACUCAGUCCGCAGUGUGUUGAUGUGAAGGCCCACCUGAACUCAGUCUGCAGUGUGUUGAUGUGAAGGCCCACCUGAACUCAGUCCGCAGUGUGUUGAUGUGAAGGCCCACCUGAAAUCAGUCUGCAGUGUAUUGAUGUGAAGGCCCACCUGAACUCAGUCUGCAGUGUAUUGAUGUGAAGGCCCACCUGAACUCAGUCUGCAGUGUAUUGAUGUGAAGGCCCACCUGAACUCAGUCUGCAGUGUAUUGAUGUGAAGGCCCACCUGAACUCAGUCUGCAGUGUAUUGAUGUGAAGGCCCACCUGAACUCAGUCUGCAGUGUAUUGAUGUGAAGGCCCACCUGAACUCAGUCUGCAGUGUAUUGAUGUGAAGGCCCACCUGAACUCAGUCUGCAGUGUGUUGAUGUGAAGGCCCACCUGAACUCAGUCUGCAGUGUAUUGAUGUGAAGUCCCACCUGAACUCUGUUUCUCCCUCUCCUCCACCCAGACCUACAAGGAACACCUGGAGGGCCAGAAGCACAAGAAGAAGGAGACUGCCCUAAAGGUGUCCCAGAGCAGCAGCAGCGGUGGUGGAGGGGUGGGCUCGGCCCGGGGGACUCAGAACCAGCUACACUGUGAGCUCUGUGACGUCUCCUGCACCGGCGCCGAUGCGUACGCUGCACACAUCAGAGGGGCCAAGCACCAGAAGGUAGGCUGCAGGAUUUUUUAAAAAUGUUUGUGUUAAGCCCUCUGUAUCCAUUUAUAAAGGAGUUGUCACAGUGCUUUACAUUUACCUGGCCUAGACCCAAAGAACCAGACAGAGGGGAGUUCCAGAAAUACUGAGUCAUGGUACUAGGCUUUACUUACAGUUGAAGUCGGAAGUUUACAUACACUUUGGUUGGAGUGAUUUAAAACUUGUUUUUCAACCACUCUACAAAUUUCUUGUUAACAAACUAUAGUUUUGGCAAGUCGGUUAGGACAUCUACUUUGUGAAUGACACAAGUAAUUUUUCCAACAAUUGUUUACAGACAGAUUAUUUCACUUAUAAUUCACUGUAUCACAAUUCCAGUGGGUCAGAAGUUUACAUACACUAAGUUGACUGUGCCCUUAAACAGCUUGGAAAAUUCCAGAAAAUGAUGUAAUGGCUUUAGAAGCUUCUGAUAGGCUAAUUGACAUCAUUUGAGUCAAUUGGAGGUGUACCUUUUUGGAUAUAUUUCAAGGCCUACCUUCAAACUCAGUGCCUCUUUGCUUGACAUCAUGGGAAAAUCAAAAGAAAUCAGCCAAGACCUCAGACAUUUUUUUGUAGACCUCCACAAGUCUGGUUCAUCCUUGGGAGCAAUUUCCAAACGCCUGAAGGUACCACGUUCAUCUGUACAAACAAUAGUACGCAAGUAUAAACACCAUGGGACCACGCAGCCGUCAUACCUCACAGGAAGGAGACACGUUCUGUCUCCGAGAGAUUAACGCACUUUGGUGCGAAAAGUGCAAAUCAAUCCCAGAACAACAGCAAAGGACCUUGUGAAGAUGCUGGAGGAAACAGGUACAAAAGUAUCUAUAUCCACAGUAAAAUGAGUCCUAUAUCGACGUAACCUGAAAGACCGCUCAGUAAGGAAGAAGCCACUGCUCCAAAUCCGGCAUUAAAAAGCCAGACUACGGUUUGCAACUGCACAUGGGGACAAAGAUCGUACUUUUUUGGAGAAAUGUCCUCUGGUCUGAUGAAACAAAAAUAGAACUUUUUGGCCAUAAUGACCAUCGUUAUGUUUGGAGGAAAAGGGGGACAGCUUGCAAGCCGAAGAACACCAUCCCAACCGUGAAGCACGGGGUGGCAGCAUCAUGCUGUGGGGGUGCUUUGCUGCAGGAGGGUCUGGUGCACUUCACAAAAUAGAUGGCAUCAUGAGGAAGGAAAAUUAUGUGGAUAUAUUGAAGCAACAUCUCAAGACAUCAGUCAGGAAGUUAAAGCUUGGUUGCAAAUGGGUCUUCCAAAUGGACAAUGACCCCAAGCAUACUUCCAAAGUUGUGGCAAAAUGGUUUAAGGACAACAAAGUCAAGGUAUUGGAGUGGCCAUCACAAAGCCCUGACCUCAAUCCUAUAGAACAUUUUGUGGGCAGAACUGAAAAAGUGUGUGCGAGCAAGGAGGCCUACAAACCUGACUCAGUUACACCAGCUCUGUCAGGAGGAAUGGGCCAAAAUUCACCCAACUUAUUGUGGGAAGCUUGUGGAAGGCUACCCGAAACGUUUGACCCAAGUUAAACAAUUUAAAGGCAAUGCUACCAAAUAAUAAUUGAGUGUAUGUAAACUUCUGACCCACUGGGAAUGUGAUGAAAUAAAUAAAAGCUGAAAGAAAUAAUUCUCUCUACUAUUAUUCUGACAUCUCACAUUCUUAAAAUAAAGUGGUGAUCCUAACUGACGUAAGACGAGGGAAUUCUUACUAGGAUUAAAUGUCAGAAAUUGUGAAAAACUGAGUUUAAAUGUAUUUGGCUAAGGUGUAUGUAAACUUCGGAUUUCAGCUGUAGCUGUCUGUUAUUGUUGGCGUCUGUCUGCGUAAUGGGGCAAAAACCCCUAUCAAAUACUUCCAGACCUCCAAAGGGCGGAUUAGAGGAGGAGGAAGCUCUUUGGUCACCCAAUGGCACUCACUCAGUCUAUGAAGUCCACUCAUCUGGUCAUGUUCCCCUGCUCAGACGUUGCAUUGCAACCAAUUGUUGCGUGCCACGUCAUCGGGCACCAGAUUGCAUAAAAUACCUAUCCAGGCAUUGUAAGGUCUGGGCUGGGGAACACGACCUCUAUCUGCAGUGCCGUGUUGGUCACGUCUUCUAAUAUAUUAAUCCUGAGCCAGUCAGUCAAACCCCAUUUUUUAUUUGUAUUUUUUCACUGCUGGCGUUACAUAUCAUCAGUCAGGUUUUGAUGCAGCUGACAUUCUAUAGGAUCAGGCAGGUUUUGUGCUGAAGCCCACUGAAAAGCUUUUAAAUGUUUAUCUUUUUCAGGACUCUCUGAAACUUCCAAGGCCCGCUGGUUGAGAAGUACUGCUAAAAUGUCUCUCUUGCUCCCUGUGUUAUCUUUUUUUAAGGUGGUGAAGCUCCACACCAAGCUGGGGAAGCCCAUCCCUUCUACGGAGCCCAGUGUAGUGACCCAGACCCCCUCGUCCACCACGGCCGCCCCCUCCAAGACCCCUGCUUCCUCUUCCACCACCCUCACAGGCUCCACCACCUCGAACUCUUCCUACCUGAAACCGGUCAACAUUGUCAGCCAGGGUAGUGUCGGGGCUGGGCUAGGGAAGGGUCCAGCCGUCAACAGCCUAUCCGUAGCUGUCAAGAAAGUCAACACCCCCAAGAUCAACUUUGUUGGUAAGAAGGGGCUGUUUUUCUUCUCUGUGUUACAUAUCUUGUAUAAAUUGUUUUUUUAAUUAUAAUCAAGCACCGAAAGACUUUAAUAUAGGAUUUAAUUUAGUCUUUUCUCUUUUCAAGAAACCAUAGGCUAUUUUAUAUGACCGUUUUGCCCCCUAUUGAAAUAGGCUUUGCAAUGUGGAACAUGGUCCCUGAUGAAAGUCUAAUGAAAAGGGGCUUAGUCUGCACUAGUCUGGAUGGGAUUGUGUAGCAACGCAAUGUUGGCAGUAGGGCUGUCCCGACAAAAAAAAACGUUUUAAUAUUGGUCGACCGAGAGUCUGUUCCUUCGAACAAUUGGUCUACAUUUUUAAACGUGUAUUUUUCCAUAUAGACACACCCUAUGUUUUAAUAUAAUCAACUAUAUGUAGGCUACUGAGCUUGUCUGAUGCGUUAAGCACUGCGAUUUGAAAUAAUGAAGACGCACAAAUUACUAAAGAGGGAACCAGAGAUCAAUAUAGCCUAACCAGAAGAGAAAAAUGUCUCUCCCCCCCCCCCCCCCCCCCCCGCGCUGCUGGCCUUCGCAGAUUCUACCAUUACGCUCCUGAAGUUGCCGGUAAUGGUGACACCAGCGGUCGGCAACCUUUUCCAUUUGGAGUGCCAAGUUAUCGCACCAUUUCCACUGAUCUGCGUGCCAGUUAUGAUUUUCAUAUGUACAUUUUUGUGGAGUUUAGUUUCAUUUAAUUUAUAAUAGUCUUCAUAUCUCAAAAUCAUUGUCAUGUGGUUAAUCAAAAAUUAUAUCUAAAUAAAAAUAAUACAAAUCCAAAAGUAACUUCUAUUGCCAACUGUGUAAAAUUAGCCUACAUAAAGCCAACAAAUAAAAACUUUGCAGCCUGCAGGUCGAAAAUAUCCUGAUGAAAAUAAAUAUCCUAUAAAUCACAUUGGCUACGCAUGGCCUGUCUGCAUGGAACUUAAAACAUUGUAUCAACUAUUAACUUGGUCUGGCCCGAAGUUUAUGUUAGCAAACUUGCAACAUUGUAGAAAAUAUUCCCUGGCCCUCAGUUUCCCUCACCAGUGAGCUUCGGGCAGACAUACAGCGGUAGUCUACUUCUUAUCACUUGCGCAAAUAAUCAGGUAGGCCUAUUUUGUUUAUGACGUUUCCACAGUAUCAGAGCAUUACACUUUUUCCCCCCCAAAUUGGCACAUUUUAUAGGCCAGGUAGCCCAGACCUACUUCAAUGCGUAAUCAGGUGCGUGUCCUUACUCAAGAUUGACAGAAGCGCUCCAAACAAAAGACAAUUAAUAAAUUGACAGCACAUAAAUGGAAUGAAAAGAAAUAAAAAAAAUAAUAAUAAUCUCAAGUGUAGCCUAGGUUGUGCGCUCUGCAAACAACGUGUCCACUCCUACAAUGACAACGGUAAGAUAAUAAUAAUAAUAAUAAUAAUAAUAAUAAUAUAUUGAAUGCAUUAACAGAAAUUACCGUAAACAAACAUUUGUAGAUUAUAUAUUAUGUUAAUUAAUGGUACUACUGGUGUGCAUCCGCAAUGGAUUAGUCCACUGAGACAGGCGUGAAUCAGACAGGUGUCUGGAUUAGUCCACUGAGACAGACCUGAAUCAGACGGGUGUCUGGAUUAGUCCACUGAGACAGGCCUGAAUCAGACGGGUGUCUGGAUUAGUCCACUGAGACAGGCCUGAAUCAGACGGGUGUCUGGAUUAGUCCACUCAGACAGGCCUGAAUCAGACGGGUGUCUGGAUUAGUCCACUGAGACAGGCCUGAAUCAGACGGGUGUCUGGAUUAGUCCACUGAGACAGGCCUGAAUCAGACGGGUGUCUGGAUUAGUCCACUCAGACAGGUGUGAAUCAGACGGGUGUCUGGAUUAGUCCACUCAGACAGGCCUGAAUCAGACGGGUGUCUGGAUUAGUCCACUGAGACAGGCCUGAAUCAGACGGGUGUCUGGAUUAGUCCACUGAGACAGGCCUGAAUCAGACGGGUGUCUCCUAUGCCAUAAAUUAUUUAUAUAUAUUUACCACUUCCCGACUAAGAAAACAUGUCGACCAAACAGUCAACUAAAUGAGGUCAGCCCUAGUUGGCUGUCCAUGCCAAUGGGGAGAUUAAUCACUGCCAGUCUCUGAGGUUGAAGCCAGGCCAAGCUGAGGCCGGUUAAGCGAAGGCCAGCGUUCUGACAGAUACUGUUCUGACAGAGGUUCUCCUCUCUUCUUUCUCAUCUCUAUCUCUCGGUUUCUCAUCUUCGCUCUGGGCCUGUCGCGCGGGGCCUUUAUAGUAAUGUUCCUACAGCCUCCUCUGUUAACUGUACAAUGGCUUCUCAUUUUUAUUCUUGGAUUUAUGACAAUUUCAAACUGAGUCGUAGGUAAGAGUCCCUGUCGGCUGUACCAAAAAUACAUAUAAUUUAAUUAUUAUGCUUUAUCUAUUGGGGGAAUUUAUUAACUUUUUGUAGGAAAUGACUAGACACAUUCCAUGUUCAUGACAAACAACUGUAAACUUAUAUUAUAUAUUUUUUUAAACACUGAAUAACUCAAAUUCUAAAACUAGGGUCUCUUUGAAACCAUAACCCUAACCCAGUUUUACAAAGUAAACUCAACCUAUAUUUAAAGUGUUUUCUAGAAUAAUGUUGAUGGCUAUUUUAUACUGAGCAAGAAUAUAAAUGCUACACAAUUUCAACGGUUUUACUGAGUUACAGUUCAUUAUAAGGAAAUCAGUCAAUUGAAAUAAAUAAAUUAGGCCCUAAUCUAUGGAUUUCAGACUGAGAAUACAGAUAUGCCAUACCACUAUGGGCCUCAAGAUCUCCUCACGGUAUCUCUGUGCAUUCAAAUUUCCAUUGAUAAAAUGUCGUUGUCCGUAGAUUAUGCCCGCCCACACCGUAAACCCACCGCCACCAUGGGGCACUCUCCGCAAUGUUGACAUCAGCAAACCGCUCACCCACAUGACACCAUACACGUGGUCUGCGCGACGUUGGAGGCGGCUUAUGAUAGAGAAAUUAACAUUUAAAAUUCUCUGGCAACAGCUCUGGUGGACAUUCCUGAAGUCAGCCAGCCAAUUGCACGCUCCCUCAAAACUUGAGACCUCUUUGGCAUUGUGUUGUGUGACACAACUGCACAUUUUAGAGUGGCCUUUUAUUGUCCCCAGCACAAGGUGCACCUGUGUAAUGAUCAUGCUGUUUAAUCAGCUUCUUGAUAUGCCACACCUGUCAGGUGGAUUAUCUUUGCAAAUGAGAAAUGCUCACUAUCACAGACGUAAACAAAUUUGGGCACAACAUUUGAGAGAAUCACACUGUAUUGUGCGUGUGGAACAUGUCUGGGAUCUUUUAUUUCAGCUCAUGAAACAUGGGACCAACACUUCACAUGUUGCGUUUUAUUUUUGUUCAGUGUAGAACAUUGUGAACAACAAUUUCAUUUUUGUUUUCAGAUAAUCACGCAUCCUCUUUACUCUAAUCUUGUUUUACAAAAUUAACUCUAACUAUAUCUUAACAGUAUCAUUCUAGUCUGAUGUCUGUUUUAAAACAUGCUAUUACAGAGUAUGUGAAGUGUGAAUGACAACUACGUUUAUUUAUUUUUUCUUCGGAUAGUCAUGCGUUUACAUCCCAAUAGGGUCUCUUUGAAACCGCUCUUAACCCUAAAUAUUUAAAAAAAUAUAUAUAUUUAACCUUUAUUUAACUAGGCAAGUCAGUUAAGAACAUAUUCUUAUUUACUACACCGGACGACGCUGGGCCAAUUGUGCGCCGCCCUAUGGGACUCCCAAUCACGGCCGGUUGUGAUACAGCCUGGAAUCAAACCAGGGGGGUGUCUGUAGUGACGCCUCAAGCACUGCGAUGCAGUGCCUUAGACCGCUGCGCCACUCGGGAGCCCAGGACCGGACCGCUGCGCCACCAGGGAGCCCAGACCGCUGCGCCACCAGGGAGCCCACUAUAACUCUUUGAAACCGCUCUUAACCCUAACUAUAACUAGCCUUGACUGCACCAAGCAGACAACGCCACAAAAUUAACAAUGGCUAACGUUCCAAAACCUUUUCACUAAUCAACUACUGACUUUUAUCUGUAACUUUAUAACCGCAUCAAAUUUCUCUGUGGAAUUUUAAGGUUAUUGAUAUGGCAAAUGGCCCUUCAAAAUGUUAAAUUUAUCUGUAUGGAACGACCGCUGACCUCUGUGUAAAAUAUGAAGGCUUUGACCUUGGGACUGUAUUUCUGGAGUGCAUUAGUCCACAGACAAAUACUUUUUGCAUGCACACUGUACUUCUUAGAUUGACCCUGCAAAGGAGAAGAGUGUUGGUCAAAGCCUUGGGCUGCAGUACCUGGGUUGACUUAGCCCAAAGUGGUAUGGCGAUGUGGUAAUUAGGAGAUCUUUAAACAUUUCUUGGGUUUGGAACAAGAUAGUUUAGCUACUUUAAACACCAUUUCAGGACUAGUUCCCAGUUGACAUAUCCAAAGCACGUCUCUACUACUAAGUCUUCAUAUUUUGGAGGUCAGGGGUCGUUCAAUACGUAUGAAUGGAACAUUUAGAAGGGCCAUUUGCCAAAUCAAUAACUUUUGAUUUACUUAAAUUACGAUUUUCUAGCACUAAUGGUUCACAGGGGGAAAUCAAACUGUGAUUACAUUUUUUUCUUAUCAAACCGAACUGGCCUCAAAGCACGGGGGAAAAGACCGAUAGACAUGACAGUCAAAUGUAUUUCCAUCAGUCAAGAGGCUAAAAAGCAUUAUUUCACAAUCACAUUUUUUCUUCUCCUCUCUGACAAUUGACAAGCACCAAUCUUAUUGAUUUUGGUUUUCAAAUAAACGAAUAGGCCAAAAGCCUGCUGUUACCGGCUAAGGAAAACCCUGCUCUGUUCUGCAUUUACAUAUUUACAUUUUAGUCAUUUAGCAGACGCACUUAUCCAGAGCGAUUUACAGUUAGUGAAUACAUAUUUUUAUUUUUUUAAUACUGGCCCCCCGUGGGAAACGAACCCACAACCCUGGCGUUGCAAACGCCAUGCUCUAUCAACUGAGCUACAUCCCUGCCGGCCAUUCCCUCCCCUACCCUGGACGACGCUGGGCCAAUUGUGCGCCGCCCAUGAGUCUCCCGGUCGCGGCCGGCUGCGACAGAGCCUGGAUUCGAACCAGGAUCUCUAGUGGCACAGUUAGCACUGCGAUGCCGCGCCUUAGACCACUGCGCCACUCAGGAGUAUGCCCCUAUACCCCAGUCCUAUACCCCAGUCCUAUACCCCAGUCCUAUACCCCAGUCCUAUACCCCUAUAUCCCAGUCCUAUACCCCAGUCCUAUACCCCUAUAUCCCAGUCCUAUACCCCAGUCCUAUACCCCAGUCCUAUACCCCAGUCCUAUAUCCCAGUCCUAUACCCCUAUAUCCCAGUCCUAUACCCCAGUCCUAUACCCCUAUACCCCAGUCCUAUACCCCAGUCCUAUACCCCAGUCCUAUACCCCUAUAUCCCAGUCCUAUACCCCAGUCCUAUACCCCUAUAUCCCAGUCCUAUACCCCAGUCCUAUACCACAGUCCUAUAUCCCAGUCCUAUGCCCCUAUACCCCAGUCCUAUGCCCCUAUACCCCAGUCCUAUGCCCCAGUCCUAUACCCCAGUCCUAUACCCCAGUCCUAUGCCCCUAUGCCCCAGUCCUAUGCCCCAGUCCUAUGCCCCAGUCCUAUGCCCCAGUCCUAUGCCCCAGUCCUAUGCCCCAGUCCUAUACCCCAGUCCUAUACCCCAGUCCUAUGCCCCUAUAUCCCAGUCCUAUACCCCAGUCCUAUAGCCCUAUACCCCAGUCCUAUACCCCAGUCCUAUGCCCCUAUACCCCAGUCCUAUGCCCCUAUACCCCAGUCCUAUGCCCCUAUACCCCAGUCCUAUACCCCAGUCCUAUUCCCCUAUACCCCAGUCCUAUGCCCCUAUACCCCAGUCCUAUGCCCCUAUACCCCAGUCCUAUGCCCCUAUACCCCAGUCCUAUGCCCCAGUCCUAUACUCCAGUCCUAUGCCCCUAUACCCCAGUCCUAUACCCCAGUCCUAUGCCUCAGUCCUAUGCCUCAGUCCUAUGCCCCAGUCCUAUGCCCCAGUCCUAUACCCCAGUCCUAUGCCCCAGUCCUAUGCCCCUAUACCCCAGUCCUAUACCCCAGUCCUAUGCCCCUAUACCCCAGUCCUAUGCCCCAGUCCUAUGCCCCAGUCCUAUACCCCAGUCCUAUACCCCAGUCCUAUGCCCCUAUACCCCAGUCCUAUACCCCAGUCCUAUACCCCAGUCCUAUACCCCAGUCCUAUGCCCCUAUAUCCCAGUCCUAUACCCCAGUCCUAUGCCCCUAUACCCCAGUCCUAUACCCCAGUCCUAUACCCCAGUCCUAUGCCCCUAUACCCCAGUCCUAUGCCCCUAUACCCCAGUCCUAUAUCCCAGUCCUAUGCCCCUAUCCCCUAUACCCCAGUCCUAUGCCCCUAUACCCCAGUCCUAUGCCCCUAUACCCCAGUCCUAUGCCCCUAUACCCCAGUCCUAUGCCCCUAUGCCCCAGUCCUAUACUCCAGUCCUAUGCCCCUAUACCCCAGUCCUAUACCCCAGUCCUAUGCCUCAGUCCUAUGCCCCUAUGCCCCAGUCCUAUACUCCAGUCCUAUGCCCCUAUACCCCAGUCCUAUACCCCAGUCCUAUACCCCAGUCCUAUGCCCCUAUCCCCUAUACCCCAGUCCUAUGCCCCUAUACCCCAGUCCUAUGCCCCUAUACCCCAGUCCUAUGCCCCUAUACCCCAGUCCUAUACUCCAGUCCUAUACCCCAGUCCUAUGCCCCUAUCCCCUAUACCCCAGUCCUAUGCCCCUAUAACCCAGUCCUAUGCCCCUAUGCCCCAGUCCUAUACUCCAGUCCUAUACUCCAGUCCUAUGCCCCAGUCCUAUGCCCCUAUACCCCAGUCCUAUACCCCAGUCCUAUACCACAGUCCUAUAUCCCAGUCCUAUGCCCCUAUACCCCAGUCCUAUGCCCCUAUAUCCCAGUCCUAUACCCCAGUCCUAUACCCCAGUCCUAUAUCCCAGUCCUAUGCCCCUAUACCCCAGUCCUAUAUCCCAGUCCUAUACCCCAGUCCUAUGCCCCUAUAUCCCAGUCCUAUACCCCAGUCCUAUACCCCUAUACCCCAGUCCUAUAUCCCAGUCAUAUACCCCUAUGCCCCAGUCCUAUACCCCAGUCCUAUAUCCCAGUCCUAUACCCCUAUACCCCAGUCAUAUACCCCUAUACCCCAGUCCUAUGCCCCUAUAUCCCAGUCCUAUACCCCAGUCCUAUACCCCAGUCCUAUACCCCAGUCCUAUGCCCCUAUACCCCAGUCAUAUACCCCAGUCCUAUACCCCAGUCCUAUGCCCCUAUACCCCAGUCCUAUACCCCAGUCCUAUACCCCAGUCCUAUACCCCAGUCCUAUACCCCAGUCCUAUGCCCCAGUCCUAUGCCCCUAUAUCCCAGUCCUAUACCCCAGUCCUAUGCCCCUAUAUCCCAGUCCUAUACCCCAGUCCUAUGCCCCUAUAUCCCAGUCCUAUACCCCAGUCCUAUACCCCAGUCCUAUGCUCCUAUAUCCCAGUCCUAUGCCCCUAUACCCCAGUCCUAUGCCCCUAUACCCCAGUCCUAUGCCCCAGUCCUAUGCCCCUAUAUCCCAGUCCUAUACCCCAGUCCUAUGCCCCUAUACCCCAGUCCUAUGCCCCUAUACCCCAGUCCUAUACCCCAGUCCUAUGCCCCUAUACCCCAGUCUUAUACCCCAGUCCUAUACCCCAGUCCUAUACCCCUAUACCCCAGUCCUAUACCCCUAUACCCCAGUCCUAUACCCCUAUACCCCAGUCCUAUACCCCUAUACCCCAGUCCUAUGCCCCUAUAUCCCAGUCCUAUGCCCCUAUAUCCCAGUCCUAUACCCCAGUCCUAUAUCCCAGUCCUAUACCCCAGUCCUAUGCCCCUAUACCCCAGUCCUAUGCCCCUAUACCCCAGUCCUAUACCCCAGUCCUAUGCCCCUAUACCCCAGUCCUAUACCCCAGUCCUAUACCCCUUUUAUCUUCACACACCUGGACUAGACGUACUGUCACACAGAGAGACACCUGGACUAGACGUACUGUCACACAGAGACACACACCUGGACUAGACGUACAUGUGCCCGUUGAAAUGAAAUGUUCUGGUAGAGGAUAGCUCUCUGACUUCCUGUUUAUGCCCCAACUUCAAACAGAUACAAUUGACCAUCUAGUUGCUUCUUAAUGAGCAAUGUAGGCUUUCAUCUAUGAUGAUCUAGACUCUUUGAUAUCUGGGUCAUUCCACCUCAGAAAUCACCAGAAAGAGGAUUCGAUACCUAUCUCAGAUUGUUCUGUAAUAGUUUCUGUAGUUAGUAACCGAUUUUAUGAUUAGCAUUCCUUAAACAUUAUUGUUGAAUGUGUAUAUAUAUAUAUUUGAUCUCCUGAGAAAUAAGCUAAUUGAAUGCACCCAAAUUGGCCAUUUUUUAAAAAUGUAUAAGCUUCAGAUAAAAUAUAGUACCCAACAUCUGAUUGUUGGGAACUAUGCGAAGUUAGGUCCAAAUCAGAUGUUUGGGACUGUAUUUAUUGAAUAUAAUCUGAAUCCUACAUUUUAAAUUAAAAUGGGCAAUUUGGGUGCAAUCAAUUAGCUUAAUUUCUCCGAAAUGAUAACAUUUGAACAAUGUUUCAGGAAUGCCAAUCCUACAGGUUUUUAACUACAGGAACGAUUUCAGAACAAACUGAGAUGAUGGGUGUCAUGGCUUUGCUGAAAUUUAUAUGGGAUGACUCAUCUGUUCCCUGUAAAGCUGCAAGUCAUUGGUUCUUCUGAUUCUGAAAUUCUUCCGUCUCCAGCUGGAAACAAGCUCCAGACUACUGGGAAGGUGACGGAGGAGGCCAAGAUGGAGGCAUCCAAACCACCUCCGCCCUCAUUGGUCCCACAGGUUCAGGAGUCCAAGAACGAGUCCUCCGAUUCCCUGUCUGCAUCCACCCUGGCUGCCCUGCAGAGUGACGUGCAGCCUGUUGGACAUGACUAUGUGGAAGAGGUACGGUUGACAUCCAGAACACCCGAAUGACUGACCGGUGUAGUAGAAUGUCAUAUGUAAAACACAACAGGCUUUUGCUCAUUUGCAUAGUUAAUUGUUUAAUUCCAGCAUUCACUUCCAGCAUUUAAAUCAAUUUCUUCAUUUUCUGAACUGUUAUAAUUUACAAAUGUUUUGUCUUAGUAUUACUCUUAAAAAAAAUAUAUAUAUAUAUAUAUAUAUAUAUAAAAAUAAAAACGUUUCCUGGACCGAAUAAUUGACUACAUUUUAGGCAGUUAUUACUUUCGCAACUAGUGAGAGACCGCUUUCUGGGGGUCUGUACUGAGAUGCUUUCUGGGGGUCUGUACUGAGAUGCUUUCUGGGGGUCUGUACUGAGAUGCUUUCAGGGGGUCUGUACUGAGAUGCUUUCUGGGGGUCUGUACUGAGAUGCUUUCUGGGGGUCUGUACUGAGAUGCUUUCUGGGGGUCUGUACUGAGAUGCUUUCUGGGGGUCUGUACUGAGAUGCUUUCUGGGGGUCUGUACUGAGAUGCUUUCUGGGGGUCUGUACUGAGAUGCUUUCUGGGGGUCUGUACUGAGAUGCUUUCUGGGGGUCUGUACUGAGAUGCUUUCAGGGGGUCUGUACUGAGAUGCUUUCUGGGGGUCUGUACUGAGAUGCUUUCUGGGGGUCUGUACUGAGAUGCUUUCUGGGGGUCUGUACUGAGAUGCUUUCAGGGGGUCUGUACUGAGAUGCUUUCUGGGGGUCUGUACUGAGAUGCUUUCUGGGGGUCUGUACUGAGAUGUUUGCCGUUGCCCGGCUAUUUGAGACUCUGGGUUUUUAAGGUUUUACAGUAUUAAGUUCUGGUGCCGUUUGGGCAAUUCAAAGUAUUGAUUGGGGACUUAUUUGUGGAGGAAUGGAUGUUUUUCUGGAUGAUUUGUGAUUUUAUUUGUGCUUCCCAUGACUGUUUUGGUAUUUUAUUUGUGUGUGUGUGUGUGUGUGUGUACACACUACCGUUCAAAGUUUGUGGUCACUUAGAAAUGUCCUUGUUUUCCAUGAAAACAUACAUGAAAUGAGUUUGAAUAGGAAAUAUAGCAAAAGGAAUAGGAAAUGUAGUCAUUGACAAGGUUAGAAAUAUAUAUAUAUAUUUUUUAAAUAUAAAUAAUUGUCCUUCAAACUUUGCUUUAGUCAAAGAAUCCUCCAUUUGCAGCAAUUACAACCUUUGGCAUUCUAAGUGACCCCAAACGUUUGAACGUGUGUGUGUGUAUAUAUUUUUAUUACACACAAUUCCAAUCAUUUUGGGUAUAAUGUUUAUUUGUUUUAUUAUCCAGGGCGCAUUUGAAAAAGAGACCUCGGUCUUGCCUGUUGAAUAAUGAAGCAGUAUCUGAAACAUUACUUACUUCUAUAGCCAUCUUUUAAAAACAAAUGUAUUUCUUAUUUGUAGGUGCGUAACGAUGAAGGCAAGGUGAUCCGGUUCCACUGUAAGCUGUGUGAAUGCAGCUUCAACGAUCCCAACGCCAAAGAGAUGCAUCUGAAGGGCAGGAGACACCGCCUGCAGUACAAGGUUAGUGGAGUCACUUUUUUAACAUGUCGACCUUUAUGUUGGCCACGGUAAUGAAACUCACAAGUUUUAGGAAAACAAUAUGCUUUUGCUCAUGGGUGUUGGAAGGUGUGCGUGUCUGUCCAAUGAGGUCAUUUCUGGACAAUUCUGUCCAUUUCGGAUGUCCCCUUUUUGGCUCGAGCACCCCCCGAGUUCUGUAUAGCCUCUUAAAUGAGACGUUAGAGGGCGACAGGUGGAGGUGAAGCCCUCUAUCAGAGCUGAGCUCAAAACCAAUUUUAUUCGUCACAUGCUUCGGAAACAAGUUGUAGACUAACAGCGAAAUGCUUACAGUGCAUUCGGAAAGUAUUCAGACCCCUUCCUUUUUCCACAUUUUGUUACGUUACAGCCUUAUUCUAAAAUGGAUUAAGUAAUUUUUUCCCCUCAUCAAUACACCAUAGUGACAAAGCGAAAACAGGUUUUGAGAAAUUUUCGCAAAUGUAUUAAUAAAAAAACGGAUACCUUAUUUACAUAAGUAUUCAGACCCUGUGCUUACUCACAUCAAUCACGGAGAGCGUGAUCAAGCAGUCGUCCGGAACAGCUGGUGCGCUCAUGCAUGGUUCAGUGUUCCUUGCCUCGACGCAAGCAUAAAGGCAUUUAGCACAUCUGGUAGGCUCGCAUCACUAGUCAGCUCGCAGCUGGGUUUCUCUUUGUAAUCCGUGAUAGUUUGUAAGCCCUGCCACAUCCGACGAGCGUCAGAGCCAGUGCAGUAGGAUUUGAUCUUCGUCCUGUAUUGGCACAUUGCGUGUUUGAUGGUUUGUCGGAGGGUGUCAGGGUUAGUGUCCGGCUCUAGCCUUUUAGCUCAGUGCGGAUUUAGCCUGUAAUCCAUGGCUUUCAAUGCUCUUAUUAAUGAAGCCGGUGACUGAUGUGGUGUACCAUUUUGAUGAAUCCCGGAACAUAUUCCAGUCUGCGCUAGCGGAACAGUCCUGUAGUUUAGUAUCCACUUCAUCGGACUACUCCCAUUUUGAGCGUGUCACUGAUACUUCCUGUGAGUUUUUGCUUGUAUGAGGUAAAACGGAUUUGUUUCCCUGCAUUAAUAUCACCUGGCCGUUAGGAGCGCUGCCUCCGGAUGAGCAUUUUCUUGUUUGCUUAUGGCCUUAUACGGCUCGUUGAGUGCGGUCUUAGUGCCAACAUCGAUUUGUGGUGGUAAAUAGACGGCUACGAUAAAUAUAGAUGAGAACUCUCUUGGUAAAUAAUAUGGUCUACUGCUUAUCAUGAGGUAUUAUAACUCGGACGAGCAGAACCUCGAGACUUCCUUAAUAUCAGAGAUUGUACACCAGCUGUUGUUAACAAAGACACAUCCUCCCUUGAGCUGAUACUGCUGUUCUGUCCUGCAUAGAAAAAAACAACCAGCUAGAUGUAUAUUGUCCUUGUUCAGCCAUGACUCUGUGAAAAAUAGGAUAUUACAGUUCUUCAGGUCCCGUUGCUAGGAUAGUCUGGAACGGAGCUCAAUAAUUGGCCAGGAGCCCAUUUUAAACAUCCAGGAGCCCAUUUUAAACUGCCGUUCUGAACACGUUUCCCUUGUAGAAAAAGGUGAACCCGGAGCUUCAGGUGGAGGUGAAGCCCUCUAUCAGAGCCAGGAAGAUCCAGGAAGAGAAGAUGAGGAAACAGAUGCAGAAGGAGGAAUACUGGAGGAGGAGAGAGGAGGAGGAGAGAUGGAGGAUGGAGAUGAGGUACGGAGAGAUGGGGUGGGACACGCACUAAAACCUGUUGCAUGCUUCCCAGUUGAAACCGUUCACACAGACAUUAUGACAAAAUGGUGAUGUUUUUUUGUUCGUUGUGGUGUUUGGCAGUUUAUUUAUUUUUUUUCUGUACAAUUUUCAAAGUAAAAAGUUCGGUAGCCGAAGUCUAUAUACACACACACACACACACACACACACACACACACACACACACACACCUCGUAAAAGGCGACACAUCUCCCUAGCUAGUCCUCGCUUACGUUAACCGAGUGAACACGUCAGAGGGAAAGAAACUGUAGUGACCCUCUCUCUCGCCUGUGUCUCUCUAGACGUUACGAGGAGGACAUGUACUGGCGUCGUAUGGAGGAGGACCACCACUGGGACGAGAGACGUGGGGGACCCAGGAUGCCAGGGGAUGGACCUUACCCCCAGGGGCCCCCUGGACCUCCUGGACUACUGGGGGUCCGACCUGGCAUGCCCAUCCCUCAGCCCCAAGGACCUGUGGUAGCAUACCAGUCCCCACACACACACACACACACACAGCAUGCCCAACCCUCAGCCACACUAACCUGUGAGCCAUCAAUCCGGUCAGAAAAGCCGUGCAUUGAGACCCAUGUAGGUGGUGGUAGUAUUAUACAUUUCCACUUGUUUUCUUUGGCCCACACCCCUUGAUGUUUUUCACUAUACAGACUAUUUGACCCAUUUUUUGUUUUUUGCGUUCCCUUGCAGCCUCCCCGUCGCCCGGACUCGUCAGACGACCGCUACGUGAUGACGAAGCACGCAGCCAUCUACCCCUCUGAGGACGAGCUGCAGGCCAUCCAGAAGAUCGUCUCCAUCACAGAGAGAGCCCUCAAACUGGUCUCAGACAUCACCGAUCAGGAGAAGACCAAGGAGACUACUGGGGAGGAGAAGGAGGAGGAGGUCCCCAAGAUUGCCCAAGACAGGUGAGGAGAGGGGGAGAGAGAGAGGGAGGGGGAGAGAGAGAGAGAGGGAGGGGGAGAGAGAGAGGGAGGGGGAGAGAGAGAGGGAGGGGGAGAGAGAGAGGGAGGGGGAGAGAGAGAGGAGGGGGAGAGAGAGAGGGAGGGGGAGAGAGAGAGAGGGAGGGAGGGAGGGAGAGAGAGAGAGAGAGAGGGAGGAGGGAGGGGGAGAGGGAGGGAGGGGGGGAGAGAGAGAGAGGUAGGCUAAAACCAAGGUGUCUGGGGAGGAGAGGGGGAAGGGUGAGAGACUGAGGGGGGGGGGGGGGUUGUUGAGAGGCCAAGGUAGGGAUACCAAUGGACUUAAAGGAAAGAUUCACCCGUUUCUGAAUGAUAUUGUUUUUGUGCAUCUGAGCGAUGUUCUAUCGUUUGCCGGCGUCAUUUCAUUUUUUUUGUGUGUAUCUGAGCUAUUGCCUUUCAAGCUGUUGCCGUUGGCUAAAGGACUGCUGCUCCGCAGAGGCAACAACGUUAACCUGGUCCUACGCUGUUCAGACAAACCCACCAAGACCCUGCUGAGCUGCACAGUGGAACACCUGCCCAAGCAUUGAACUCUGAAGGGAGUGAUGAGGGUGGGGGGUUUUGGCUAAAGGACUGUGCCACUAGAGAUCCUGGUUCGAAUCCAGGCUCUGUCGCAGCCGGCCGCGACCGGGAGACUCAUGGGCGGCGCACAAUUGGCCCAGCGUCGUCCAGGGUAGGGGAGGGAAUGGCCGGCAGGGAUGUAGCUCAGUUGAUAGAGCAUGGCGUUUGCAACGCCAGGGUUGUGGGUUCGAUUCCCACGGGGGGCCAGUAUAAAAAAAUAUGUAUUCACUAACUGUAAGUCGCUCUGGAUAAGAGCGUCUGCUAAAUGACUAAAAUGUAAAAAAAAUGACUGCUGCUCUGUUUCAGUCUGUUUUUUAACGUUAGAUACCUAAUGAACACCUCCCUCCUGUGUCCCGUAGAGCUCUGAAAGGAGUGAUGAGGGUGGGGGUUUUGGCUAAAGGACUGCUGCUCUGUUUCAGUCUGUUUUUUAACGUUAGAUACCUAAUGAACACCUCCCUCCUGUGUCCCGUAGAGCUCUGAAAGGAGUGAUGAGGGUGGGGGUGUUGGCUAAAGGACUGCUUCUCCGUGGAGACAAGAACGUAAACCUGGUCCUGCUCUGUUCAGACAAACCCACCAAGACCCUGCUGAGUCGCAUAGUGGAACACCUACCCAAGCAGCUUCUGGUACACACACACACACACACUGCUGAGUCACACACACACACACACACACACACUGCUGAGUCACACACACACACACACACACACACACACACACACACACACACAGUUCCAGUAACUGCUAAUUAACCAAAUCAAGAAGCAUCUCUCCAACACAUCUCACCUCGAACAGUUACACAUACUUCCUUCCUGUGUGCAAGCUGUUGAUUUGAUUUGACUGAUUUGACAGCUGGUGACCCCAGAGAAGUACGAGGUGAAGGGCUCCAUCCAGGACUGCUCCAUCGUCCUGACGUCUGGAGCCGACCCCAAAAUGACAGUCACCGUGACCCUGACCUCCCCCAUCAUCCGAGAGGAGGAGACCCCUGCCACACCCCCGCCACGGGAAGGAGGUUUGGAAAGACGUCGCCCCCUCUCCUCCAUUCCACACCCCUUUCCUUCUCUCUGCCACCUUGCUUAUGGGUGCAUUAGUUUAGUUUGUCCAGGAUGCACUGGGGUGGGCGGAGUUUGCACGUUGUGGGCUGUUUUCAAAUGGUCCUAAUGUGAAAUCUCUGCCCACCUUGGGGGGCACUGGGCAAGCAAAAAAUGAAUUCAACCCUGUAAGAUCAAUGUCUAUCUUUUUGAUUGGGUCUCGAAGAGAACUACCCUGGUGGCACUUUUAAAAACGAGUUUCUAGAUUGUUCUGAGAUGCAGCUGUAUAGCACUGGCCACUAAAGUAGAUUUUAAUCUGUUGGGCAUCCAAGUCUCUCGCUCAUGGUUUUGUCUUUUUAGAAACACUUGUUUUAAACUUCAACCAAGGAGGUGCUGGAGCAUGUCAUGACGGAAGAAGCUGGUUCGUUCAUUAUUAAAAACAGUACUCGUGCCUUCUAAAUACAGCCUUGGGGUGGGAAUUCUAAUUUAGCUCAGUGUUUUUUUUUUAAACUCACGGGUUAGGAUCCACAUAUCAUAAAGGGGAAGCAUUUUAGAUUGUCCAACAUACUUUUAUUUGAAGGCAGAGAAGCCAUCUUUUUUUAUUAUUAUUAUUAUUUUAAACCUGUGCCCUAAGGAAAAUCUGACGUAUCAAUUAAAUUUGAAAACAACCUUGUUUCUAGUCAUGGUUAGCUCAGCACUCUUAGUGAAGUUAGGAUCCUAUAACCUAGUGCCAGCAGAGUAGCUCUUAGGUCUUGAACUCUUCUUCUUCUCUUUUGAAAAGCUGUACGAUUUACAAAGCAUGAACAGUGUUUUGCGUUGUCAGUCUCUCUAGUUUUUUAGUUCCCAGGUAAGAUUAAUUUUUGUUUCCUGUUUCACGGGGGGGGUUGUUUUCACAGUUACACCACUACGUUAAACCAAUUACCCUACCGGGUCAAUCGUUAUUUAGCUCAGAACUACACACAUCAGAGGAACAUUUUCUCUACAGAUACCCAAAAUAAAUUAUCCCCGUUGGUCAGGGAAGCGAAUCUAUUAAGGAAUGUGCACAGAUCGUAGAUUGACGUCACCGGGGAGAUUUCCAGCUGAAAUUUUAGUUGAUUUUUGUCAAAUUAGGAUUUGGCCAAAUGACUAGCUUCAGAACACAGAGACAGUUCUCGGACACAGGCAGACGGACAGGAAAAUGUGAAGAAGGGUCACAUGUCCCCACAGGAAACAAAUCUUACUUUUGUCUGGCGGUGUUCUGUUCUAAAGCGCUCCCUGAGUGAACUGGUGUCACACCAAAGCCUAGUGCACAGAAAGAUCGGGCUCCAUUUCCUUAUUGUAACUAAUCAUUCUGUCAACAGGGAGGAAAAAAAUCCAGACUUGAAGCCAUAUCGAUCACGUUAUUAUCCGUUGUCUUUGCAUUCGUUGACGUUGGAGGGUUGAGGGAGGGAGGGAGGGCCGGUUGAGGGAGGGAGGGAGGGAGGGAGGGCCGGUUGAGGGAGGGAGGGAGGGAGGGCCGGUUGAGGGAGGGAGGGCCGGUUGAGGGAGGGAGGGAGGGCCGGUUGAGGGAGGGAGGGAGGGCCGGUUGAGGGAGGGAGGGCCGCCAGGCUGAGGUGGACCAUUUAGGCUGAGGUGGACUGUUUCAACAUCGGAAAACUUAUGUCUCUAUUGAGCACGUCUAGCACGCAACUUAUGUUUUGUUUUGUGCCAAUUUUCCACCCUUUCCAGAAGUGUGCACUUGUGCACUCUUGUCAAUGGAUUUAAAAGCAUAGGAUUGGUGUAGGCUGGAGAGUAUUGGCCGCAGCGAGUAUCCACCAUUUUGUUGAAUCCAGUGUCAGAAAGUGAGCAAGUACACACUUCAUGUGAAAAGUGCAAAAUGGGGACGCAACGUGACCAGCCUUCAGUAGGCCAGGAAGUGUUUGGCAGAGGACUCUGUGGUUGGACCUGAGUACGCAGUAGUAGAAGCAGUAGCAGCAGCAGUAGUAGAGGUAGUAGUAGCAGUAGUAGUAGUAGCAGUAGAGGUAGUAGUAGCAGUAGUAGUAGCAGUAGCAGUAGCGGUAGAGGCAGUAGCAGCAGUAGUAGUAGCAGCAGUAGCAGCGGUAGAGGCAGUAGCGGUAGAAGCAGUAGCGGUAGUGGUAGAGGUAGUAGAGGUAGUAGUAGCAGCAGUAGCAGUAGUAGUAGUAGUAGUAGGAGCAGCAGUAGCGGUAGAGGCAGUAGCAGUAGCAGCAGCAGUAGUAGUAGCAGUAGUAGCAGUAGCAGUAGUGGUAGUGGUAGUGGUGGUAGCGGUAGUGGUAGUAGCGGUAGUGGUAGUAGUAGAAGCAGUAGUAGUAGUAGUAGUAGUAGUAGUAGUAGUAGUAGUAGUAGUAGUAGUAGUAGUAGUAGUAGUAGUAGCAUUAUUAAUAGUAGUAGUAGUAGUAGUAGUAGUAGUAGUAGUAGUAGUAGUAGUAGUAGUAGUAGUAGUAGCAUUAUUAGUAGUAGUAGUAGUAGAAGUAGCAGUAGUAGAAGUAGUAGUAGCAGUAGCAGCAGCAGUAGUGGUAGUAGUGGUAGUAGUAGUAGUAGUAGCGGUAGUGGUAGUAGUAGUAGUAGUAGUAGUAGUAGUAGUAGUAGCAGUAGUAGCAGCAGCAGUAGCGGUAGUAGUAGUGGUAGUAGUAGUAGUAGUAGAGGUAGUAGUAGCAGUAGUAGUAGCAGUAGCAGUAGCGGUAGAGGCAGUAGCAGCAGCAGUAGUAGAGGUAGUAGUAGCAGUAGUAGUAGUAGCAGUAGAGGUAGUAGUAGCAGUAGUAGUAGCAGUAGCAGUAGCGGUAGAGGCAGUAGCAGCAGUAGUAGUAGCAGCAGUAGCAGCGGUAGAGGCAGUAGCGGUAGAAGCAGUAGCGGUAGUGGUAGAGGUAGUAGAGGUAGUAGUAGUAGUAGUAGUAGGAGCAGCAGUAGCGGUAGAGGCAGUAGCAGCAGCAGUAGUAGUAGCAGUAGUAGCAGUAGCAGUAGUGGUGGUAGUGGUAGUGGUGGUAGUGGUAGUGGUGGUAGCGGUAGUAGUAGUAGUAGUAGUAGUAGUAGUAGUAGUAGUAGUAGUAGUAGUAGCAUUAUUAAUAGUAGUAGUAGUAGUAGUAGUAGUAGCAUUAUUAGUAGUAGUAGUAGUAGUAGAAGUAGUAGUGGUAGUAGUAGUAGUAGUAGUAGUAGUAGUAGUAGCAGUAGUAGCAGCAGCAGUAGUAGUAGUAGUAGUAGUAGUAGCAUUAUUAAUAGUAGUAGUAGUAGUAGUAGUAGAAGUAGCAGUAGUAGAAGUAGUAGUGGUAGUAGCAGCAGCAGUAGUAGUAGUAGUAGUAGUAGUAGUAGUAGCAGUAGUAGUAGUAGUAGUAGUAGUAGUAGUAGCGGUAGUAGUAGUAGUAGCAGUAGUAGUAGCAGUAGCGGUAGUAGUAGUAGUAGUAGUAGUAGUAGUAGUAGUAGAAGUAGUAGUAGCAGUAGUAGCAGUAGUACCAACCUACCAGCCAGGAGUGACUCACACCAGCCAUGCAUGCAGUGAUGUCCAACCUAACCAUUCUUUUUGCUGCUGGGAGGAGCUUACAUGUUUGUUUGUUUUUUUGUUUCCAACUGCUGCUGUCACAUAAUGUGUAGCUUUCUAACUGGUCCAGCCCAAAGCCCUCUGUUUUGGAAUUGUUUAAUAAUAAAACGUGUCCAGGAGAGGGUUCGAACCCCCGGCCAACCAGUUCCUGCGGAAGGAUUUUUGACCAAGGUUUUCCACCCCCACCACCUAAACACUCUGCCACACCUACCAUUUAGCCAUUGCCACUCACUGUUAGUAGCUACUCCGUUCACACUCUGUCAUUACAGUUCACCACCGGACUUCUGACUUCUCUCCUUUUCUUUGUUUGUUUAUACUAACACACCAUGUGACCUGUUGGAAUCCACCUACGGUAUCAACUCCGUAGAUGAUAUUAAGACUGAAAGUGACAAAUGAUUGGCGUAACAUUGCUUACUUAAACAAGCUGACUUAUCUCAGCUUUUCAGAGAUUUUAAACUUCUCUGUGAGGUCUUACAUUUCAACACGUUACCAAUACAUACAGUUUUAGUUAUUUUUUUUGACGACUAGGUCAGCCUUCACACAAGACCUAAGCAAGAGGUGUUGGAUAAUUCUCAGGCUGUCGAAGUUCUAUGGAAGUCACUCAUCCCGCUUCUAUUUUCUCCUACAAGGUUUGGUCAGCAUUUUACGCCAGUCUCAUAAUUCACAUUCCCCUUUACCCAACGUAUAACCGAACACCUCACACCAACGUGAACCUAAUGUUACAUUCAUGACACACUACAUAUCCAAACACUAGUCAUUUCGAGGUGAGGUCAGGUUGCUGGUCAUUCAUUGGUUCAUUUGGCAGAAGGAACGAUCAAGACUAGUUAGUUCACUUCUUGGUUCCUUCCUGAAACCCUAUCUUGGUAUGUGUGGCAAUGCGUUUGUGUUUUCUCGCCAAUGACUCUUGCUCUACCUGGUCAAACACCCGUUCCUCCUCCUCACCACCUCAACCACCAACCAACCAACCGUCCACCAUUUUGACAAUUCGACUCAUCCAUUUGUAGAUGUAACCGGGGGCUUGGUGCGAGACCCGGCGGACGUCUUGGACAGGCUAAAAUGCCUUGACGGUCUAGCGGCUCUCCGCCACGCUAAGUGGUUCCAGGUUCGGACACAUCCUUUUACUUAUUGUAGCCUUAUGAGAUGCAUUUUUUUUUUCUUUCCUUUGUUUGAAUUGUUUUUUUUAUGAAGGAAUUAGUAUUUAAUUUUUAACAAACAAAAAACGCAGUAAUACCAGAUUUUGUAUAAUAUAAAAAAUAUAUUUAAAAAUUAUAAUAUUCAAGGAUGCCACCCUUGUAAUGAUAAUGUUUUGACCAGAUUGAAUAUCCAAUCUUUAUUUAUGAUAUUUAUUCAGAUGAACUUUAGAAUGGUAAUAAUUUUCUGGUAAAAAAAAAAAAACAACAACAAAAAGAAACUGGCAUCCUUGUAUUCCUUUUGUUUUUACCAGACUGUUUUCUUAGUGUUAAAACAUGAUUCCAUAAGGCUGCAGAGAUAUCUUUGCAUCUUUGGCAUCCGAUAAGAGCUUCCAUGUUGAGCGUUUGUAGCUUUUUAUUUUCUGUUCGUAGAAUAAUGGGGAUUGAGAGAAGGGACAUCUGAUUUAGUUUACUGUGUCACUGCUAUGUCCCAAAAGCAAACACGCAGGCAAAAGUAAAGCAGAUUCCCUCCACUCUCCCAGUCCCUUACGCUCAAUCUUCUUUACAAACACACUGUGUACUAUAAGUACCGGACUGUCUGUGAAACCCAACCCUGAGAGGUCAGGGUUUAUAAGAUGACAAGGAAACGAAACCUAAACUUUUCUUGUUUCAUCUUUUCAUCUUGCAAACUGUGAACUCUCUUUUUUUUUUUUUUUACUAACGUUCCCGACGAGGUGAAAUACUCCUGGAAAUGGCAGCUGAUUCCAACCAAUUACGGCCCCCUUUUUAACAAUACUUCAAAUCACCCAAUCACAAGCUUCCAUUGUGUACAGUAGUGUUUUGACCUCUGACAGACCUGUUGUAAUGUAUGUAUUGUGUACUAUGAUCCCUGUUGUCUGCUCCUGUCUCUGACUGUCACUAAACUGAACGUGUUAUUGCACCACAAGGCUAGGGCCAACGGACUCCAAUCCUGUGUGAUUGUUAUUCGUAUCCUGCGUGACCUCUGUCAGAGGGUUCCCACGUGGUCCGCCUUCCCCAGCUGGGUGAGUUCAUCGUCAGGCUGAUACACACCAGUUAAUAUUACUCAACAUCUCAACAUUAAGUGGCGUCGGCGUUGUUCGCUCUGAUGUUUUGAAGGAGAGUAAUAGGAAAUGCUUCUCUUGCAUCCCGAGUCUUUCCCGACCUAGAAUUGAAAAGCCAGAAGCACCAGAAAUGUACCCCUGUUUUACUGCCCUGUACAUGCUCCCUUCUGAUUGGUCUCCACCUCCCUGUUCUCCAGGCCAUGGAGCUGCUGGUGGAGAAGGCCAUCAGCAGCGCCUCCGGCCCCCUGAGCCCAGGCGACGCGUUAAGACGAGUCUUUGAAUGUAUUUCCUCCGGGAUCCUGCUCCCCGGUAAGUCUAACCAUGAUCAAUUUUGUAUUUUUUUUUUCGACUGAUCAUGAUAGACUGUUUUGACCAGGGCCUGAAAUGUACUUUGUGGUCCACCAGUCACUGUGGCCGGUUGAUUUAAACAUUUACCAGCCACUCGGGUGUUUUACCAGCCAAAUUAGUUUCUGCCAUAAUUGCAUAAAAUAAAAUAAAAACAAGUGACAAUGCUUUUGUAAUGUUUCUAAAACACGAAAUGUAUUAGUAAGGUAUUGUGGUAUAUUGCUAAAUUUCGUAAAACAUUUUGGUGACCUAAGGUCUUUUUAAUAAAAAUAUCAGACAAAAUGUUCAACUGCCCCUUUUUAAGGACUGGAGGUUGCCACGGUAACGGGGCCUCUCGAGUCGUCAUGUCACGUGUGUCUCUGAGAUUUGGGAUCUGACUCUUCGCUAUCAGUUGAAGCAGCAGACUCAAACUAACGUUGAAAAACAACCGAGCUUGUGAACGAUGUAAAUAGUCAAGAAACACGAGGACAAAGUCUCAUUUUGUAGAUGUGAGAGUAAAUUAGACACUUAUGUCUGUGUGCUGCACCUCCAGUACUAUACUCAAUGCGCAGGCGGAGUUGCUGCGUGAGGCUGGAUAUAGGUUCCCCAUUUCUUUUUGCAAUUAGCACGCGCUCAUACUUGACUUUUUGACGAUUAUUAUUUUCUAAUGUAAUGCUCGCACUAUAGAGCCCUUGAAAUUGACAUCCGCCAGCGUGGCUGGUGAAAUAGACAUUCUUACCCGCCAGUACCUACAUUUACCUGCAUUUGGCGGGUGUUAAUUUUAGGUCAUGAUUUUGACUAUCAUGGCCGACUAUUUUUGACGAUCCUCAUAGCUUUUUUUCCCCUGGUGUUGUGUGGGGUGAGCAGAAUGCUGAUGGGUGUUUUGUCUGUCCACCAGGUGGUCCGGGGUUGGUCGACCCGUGUGAGAAGAACCCCACCGACACCCUGACAACCAUGGACGAGCAGCACAGGGAGGACAUCACCUCAAGUGCCCAGGUACUGACAGGCACAGAAUACAUCAUAUCAUGUACAGUGGGGAGAACAAGUAUUUGAUACACUGCCGAUUUUUGUUGUUGCAGGUUUUCCUACUUACAAAGCAUGUAGAGGUCUGUAAUUUUUAUCAUAGGUACACUUCAACUGUGAGAGACGGAAUCUAAAACAAAAAUCCAGAAAAUCACAUUGUAUGAUUUUUAAGUAAUUCAUUUGCAUUUCUGUACCAAAUAUUAAGUUCUGCUUUUCUGAUGUUUCAAAUACUUCUGUCAUGCAAUAAAAUGCAAAUUAAUUACUUAAAAAUCAUACAAUGUGAUUUUCUGGAUUUUUGUUUUAGAUUCCGUCUCUCACAGUUGAAGUGUACCUAUGAUAAAAAUUACAGACCUCUACAUGCUUUGUAAGUAGGAAAACCUGCAAGAUCGGCAGUGUAUCAAAUACUUGUUCUCCCCACUGUAUACCUUUUUUAUAAUAGCCCAAGAACAGAUCCUUGAGGUACACCAUCAAUAGAAGGUACUGGCCAUAAAGAUGUAUUGUAAUUGUCAGACGUAUAGUAAUGGUUUUGCCUUAAAAGUUUUGAGACUUGUUGGAAAGAUGUAUAACCUGAUUUUGAAAUCGUCUGUAGAUAGAAUGGAAGUACUUGAUACUUCUGCCAGAUCAUUUCUAUAAAUAUGAAUGACCCAGUAAGUUGAGGAACUGAUGAGAUACUGGCCAUGAAUAUAGUAAGGGUCUGAUGUGUAAUCCUGAGGCACUGGACCUCCAGUGCUUCCUAUUGAGACGUCUCACUAUCUGAAUAAUAAUGACGUAAGGACAGAUCCUUGAGGUACGCCGUAGUUAUUACGCUAACUCGCUGUGUCUCUGUCCAGUUUGCUCUGCGGCUGCUAGCGUUCCGGCAGAUCCACAAGGUGCUGGGCAUGGACCCGCUGCCCCAGAUGAACCCUCGCUUCAACGUCCGCAACAACCGCAAGCGUCGCCGAGACAUCGACGGAGCGGACGGCUUCGAGGGCGAAGGGAAGAAGGACAAGAAAGAUUUGGACAGUAGCUACUAGGACUAGUUAUCCCCCUUUUUAUUCAUUUAAAGUAGUCUGUGGCCACGUUCCAGGCGGACUACGUUGCAGUCGCCUGCCAGAUCUAACAACACCCGGAUAAGGCGUUUUAAGAUGUGAGCUAACCGCAUCCAUAUGAUAUAGCAUUGUUCUGAUGCCAGUGUGCACAGUCAAUAACGCGGUUGAUGCCCGCAGCAAGACUGCAAUGUAGUCGGCCUGGAACGCUGCCUGUGUGUACCCUUUUUUCUGUUGUCUCUAGAUUCUAAACAAACUCCCUUGUUAAUAUCAAAAGACCACAUCGGAUAGGGCCUGGUUCUGUAAGCCGUGUAGGACAGGGUUGUAUUCUUUAGGGGCAAAGUUUUUUUUGCAACGAAAAAAGAAAAUGAGUUCUUAUUGGACAAGUCCAAAUAAUGUCAGUGUGUUUUUCUUCCAUUUUGGUGCCUAAUACAAUAGGACCCUGUUUUGACUGCAGCUCGCUGUAUAGGAAUACUGCAGUAACCCAGUUUGUCCACGAUGUUCGGUUUUGGCUUAUUGAUCAAUAUGACCUGUGGUUGGGACCUAAACUUCUCUUUCGUAGCUGAUUCUACUUUUACCCCUCUGCUUCUCCAUGACAACGGGGCUUCCUUAGCAUCUACUCCUUAGACCUUUUUUUUUUUUUUUUCUUAUUUUCGAGACCGUCUUUCCAGUCUGUCGAGUUAUGAAAAAGACAGUGAGAUCUAA